CUUCAUUUCAUUAUGGGUUGUGUGAGAUCCAUCUGCUCAGCCUCACUCCCUUGCCUCAGGACACCUUAGGGAGCUGCUCUCUGGCAUACCAGGGAAGAUCAAUGACGACGAUAGGAAAUGCUGUCUGAGUAAUCUUGGUUUCCUUUGGACACCAUGAAAUUUCUGUUGCUGACCUCAAUUUGUGUGUGAUUUUUAUUUUGAGAAUCUUUUGUAAGCCACUUCAUUAGGGUCUGAAGUCUACAAAGGGGGUGGUGUACAAGCAUUCUACAUAAAUAAUAAAAUACAAACAUUACAGAAAUCCUUGAAGGAGUCAUACAGAAGCCACAAUCAAUCAUGUAUAACUGAACAGAUAUAAAAUAUGAGAAGUCCCACAUGCAACCCUGAGAUGGGAGUGAGAGGAACGUGGGACAGUGCCUUCCUCCUGACCAAGUAACAUAUAUGGUAGAGAAAUGCAAAUAACUAUGGCACUGCAUAUUAGUCAAUAUUUUAUCAUAUGGUUUAUUCUGAGCAUUAAUAAGAUGCUUGUAAGAAGUAGGAUAGCUGCCCUAUCACAUGACAAAAAGCUAAGUGAAUGCCAUCUUCAUAGGCUUUAUACAUGGAAUGUAUUAUUUUGUUUUGAUUUUUUCUUUUUUUCUGAAAUAAUGGAUCUCUUUUAGUCUGAGCACAUUAAGGCAAUGGAGAGUAUCAUAAUCAAUCAUAUUUAAGUCUGAGAUUUUAUUCCAAAGAGUUUCCAUCAAGUAAUGGAAAAAAAAAUUGCAUUCAAAAAGAUCAAAAGGGAGAGAAAAUUAGGAGGAGUUCUCUUUAUUGUGGUGCAGAGUUUUUGAUGCACUUACCUUGCUUGAAAGUGACUUUGUGAAUGUUAUUUACGGUAUUUCAUUCUACAAAUGAUACCACCAGUGGUGUGAACUCUGCAGCCCUGGUCCCCAGACUUCAGUUACAGUCCAGGGGAACAUAACAAGAGGCAACUCCUCCCAUGGGGCUUUGCAUUAUUUUAUUUUUUUAAAGGAAAAAUGGACAUCGAGGGAGGCUGCAGAAUACUGGAGAAAUGCUUGCUGGAAGAAAAAAUCACAUUUAUCCUUUGGGGCUCACAGUGAUAAAAUAAGCUAAAAAUUCUGCAUCCAUGGAUAGUCUAAAGAAAUUAUUGAUUGACCCAAGAAUGAGAUAGAAAAAGUGUGUGUGGGGGGGGGACUUUCAAGAAACUGGAGGACAGAUUUUGGCACAGCAUUAGGGUUUGUUUGUUUUUCUCAUGUUCAACUCUAGUAAUUUUCUUUGUAGGCUAUUUAGAUGCUAGUUAUAUAGGUAGGACUGGAAUAAAGGGAGAAAAACAGAAUUCUGAAAUAGGGAUAAGAUGAUGUGAGAAGUGAUAAAAUUGUCCCCAUCAGGAAAAUUGGAGUGUCAGAAGAAAAAUUUCUAGUCAAAACUCUCUGGUCUGCUAAAGUAGCCUUCCCUGUGUAGAAAGGUUUUCUUUUUUCUUUUUAAAAAAAAGAUCAUUUCAAUGUGUACUCUCAAAUAUGUCCUGAAGUAGUAUAGUCCCCAGAAAAAAACAGCAAUGCGUUGUGUUUUGACCGUGCCUGUGUUAUAUACAACAGAAAAUAUAGUCUUGCAUUGUAUUCUGGGAUCAUAGUAUAAUAUAUCCACUAUAAUCUCCUCAAGAUAAAGCAUCUUUCCAAAGGGAAUUACUAUCUCUUCUACAUCCCCACCCAACCUAGAGAAUGAUAAGAAUGAGAACCAAAUGCUCCAGAAUUUAUCCUGUUUAUCCAUUUGUUGUGCGAGUUUUUCUGAGGGAGACACCUGCCAAAUUCUGCCAUACAUUCCACAUUCUGCCAUACAUUCCAGUUUCCUUUUUCUGCUUUCUAGUCAUCUUCAACCUUGUUAUCACUAAAAGUAGCCCAAGUUGUUAUAUAGGACUUCUUCCAAUGUUUCAUCAAAGAGUGUCAAUAGUGCUUGGGCGGACAGAGAAGAAUCCCCUUUCUAAAAGGUACUCAGGUUAAAGUUGAUCUAUAAAAAGUAUAAGAUGCCUCUCUCUUGGGAGUUUUUGGGUGAAUUUAUGGCAAUCAGUUAAAAGGUUAUUUUUCAUUUUUAGAUUAACUUUUUGAAGACUGAAAUGGAAAGGAAGAGCAAAAUGAUCAGGGAUCUUCAAAACGAGGUAAGAGGCUCCUUAGCUGUCAGAAACAUACCUAAAAUACGUACAUCGUUAAUGAUAGUGUACAAUUACUGUAUAUUAAAUAUCUGUAUUUGUUUCUGUGGAAUUAAAUAAAAAGUUACAGUGAUUGGAUGCCUGGGGUAUUUACAAUACCCAGUUUCUAUUCUGCCAUAUUUUUACACCUUGUUCCUUUGAGCAACCUGGCCCCAUUCUAGGGAAAUAGUCUUUGCUGACUCCAGUUAACCCCUUAAUGAUAUAUUGUGCAACAUUCUAUCUUGUGUUCAAGGCCUGAAGUUUGGAACCUGUAUCCAGGGGCCUGCCAAGUGUUGGGAUUUGUAGUCCAGCAGCUUUUGUAGACCAACAGGUUAGCCAUCUCCACUCUAUCCCACCUGUCUUGUUGUUAAUUCUGUCCUGGAGUUUUAGUGCUAAUCUGGCAUGCUUCUGAUAUCUGAUUAUCUUCUGGUGACUUGUAUUUUUAGUAAGCCUGCCUUUCCCAGGUUUUUCCUGUUAUGAUAGCAUACCUGUUCCAAACUCCUGUCUGCUUGUUUUUCAUGAAAUCUGCAUCCCCCCCCCCGCCCCCAGUUUUUCUUGUCCUGGGUUCUUUGUCCCUGCCCUGACUGAAAAAUGAACAUUCAGAAAUAACUAUGUAUGUUUGCCUUAAUUUGACAUUUUAGUGAAUGGUUUUCUUACGGCUAAGAUAUAAUAAUGGAUUUUUAACUAUAUGUUCUGAAACAGGAGGAAACAAGUAUUUGAAAUUCUCUAUAGUAAGACUGAUGCUCGAUAGGGUUGCCAUAUUUCAAACAGUGAAAAGCCAGCCAGAAAAGUUUUGCAGAUUUGCAAAAAAUGCCAUUUUUGAGCUUUUAUUUUGGUAAAUGGCACAACGACCCUGCCAACAUGGGUUGCUAUACGUCCAGAUUUCCCUGGACAUUUUUUUUUAAAACUGAUUUCUGUCCUGACACUACUGCCGACUACAGUAUUCCGAAUAUGUCUGAGAAAUUCCAGACAUAUGGCAACCCUAAACAGGUACUAUUGUCUUUCAAAAAACAAGAGAGAAAGAAAGAAUGCACAAUUGAAAAUGGGAACUAUCUGGUUUUGCUUAUAUUACAUCAAAUUCCCAGAACAAUCCUACUCAGAUGUGAGUUCCACUGAGUUCAGUGAUUCAUUUCUUUGAGUGUAUGAAUAAACAGUGUUUCUCAAAGCAAUCAAGUUCUAUUAAGUCCAAAUUCAAAUAAUUCACCAGCUCUGUGGUGAGAUGUUGUUUGUGAGAAGUUGUUGCCUCACCGUUUAAGGGCAUUUACAGUAGGCUUGUGAAUCUGCUCCUUUUUUUAAGAAGCGGCUAUGUUUUGCUGAUUUAUUUAUUUUUGUAUAAAUAUUUAUACACAACUCCCCCCCCCAUGAGAUGCUCAAAGUGAGUCACAAACACAGUAAAAUAAUAACAAUAAAAUCAGUGUAAAAACUUGUGAAAAACAGGAGUAUCAGGAACAAAAUUCUGUGAAUUGGUCAAUGAAAAAAAGCACAUUUAAACAAAACAGUUUUAAGCCAUCUUUAAAGUUGUAAAUGAGGAGAUGGAUAAAUCUUACAAUUUUGGUUUCUCCCUCUCUCCCUCUCUCUCUCAUUUUUUCCAGUCAGUUCACCGAAUUUCUGCAUCAGAAAUUUUAUUUUAGGUUCACAUGGAAAUUCAUAUGCAGUUGGCGUGCUUUUCUCCUAAGAUACACAUUUUUGCAAGAGAUUUUCCCUAACAUCAUUUACUGUAUCAAAAUCAUUUAUCUGGCAGCUUUUUUAAAAAAAAAAAGUUAAGGUGGUUUAAAAUAAUCUAAAAUGAAAAUCCAUGAAAAAAGCUCAGUACAUGCAGUGAAUGCAAUAUAGCAUUUGCAAGUAACUUAGUGGAACAGUUGAGAGGAAUGAGUGAAUAAAUAUGUACCAGAAGCAUAUCACCACUGGCUCCUGACUCACUUCAGAGGGGAUGCAAAUGACACAGGAUGGGAAUUACAAUAGAGAAAAGCCCUCUCCCUAGUCACUGCCAAAUAGGUUUCUGCAGGCUGUUGUAUGACCCAGAGGGCCUCACUUGCAGCCCUUAGUGAUCAGGCAGGAAUAUACCGGCAUUCUUGUACUAUUUUCACUAAAAUACACACUUUCCCCCAAUAAAUGCCUAUAUGUACACACGCAUUUGGAUGGAGAACAGCACCUCCAAAAUCACAGCAGUGCAAAUUUCAAAGGAUAACUCCAUUUUGGUUUGGGAAGCACAAAUUAGGUAGGUUCACAUUAAAAUGCAAAAGAAACAAAUUUCUCCCCCAUCUCUACAGAGUUAGUAUCAUAAACACCAAAAAUACCUGCAUUAUAUUUCGUUGUUUUUAAGCUGCCUGUUUUCUGGUAAAGGUGAUAUUUAGAAAUAACUCAAUUUAGGUUUCUUCAAACCAUUUGAUAUCAUUUUAGCACAUUUUGGGGUUUGCAGCUCCUCCAGCUGUGUGAAGUAUUUGAUCCCUGGUAGCAUAAAGAGCUUUGAUCUUCUCUGCCACUUUAUAUUAUAUAUCAGCUUGGUUGAAGCAUUUGUCACCCACCAGCUCCUGCGAGACAAUUUCAUUUUCUACCUGCAAUCUCUCAAGCCUCUUUGGGAUGGGAAAUGUGCUAAAAUGUCUCUUGGGGAGUCAUACAAAAAUCUAUGUUCUCCUUUCACAUAAAACGCUUUAAAAGACGCAUAAAAAUAAAAGGUAUGAAAUGGAAGCUUAUGGCUGCUUUGGGACUGCCUGCAUCGGUUCACCUAAACGCUUAGCGGUGCCUAAUGAAUUUUGAUGAAUGCUAUUCUUUAAACAAGACUGGAACUUCGCAGUGCUUUCAUCAGCAUGUUUCAGGGAACAAAAAUGCAAAGCACUGGCCUUUUUGUAAACAUCCUUGUUGCCUGGAUGCACUGCUAACUCUGUGGUCAUACUUUUCUGUAAGCUUGCGAAGUUUAGCUUUACCACCUUUAAUAACCCCAAGGAAGCAAAGAAAUAUUCCAUGUUAUGACUGUUCACGAGGGAUCAAAAGAAUAACCUUUUGUGUUGCUGGAAAUUGAAUGGGGCAAUGAUUUGGUUGUUUAUAUGUGCAAUGCAGUCUCACAAGGUUUGCUGAUGAAAAGCCUUGAGUCAUACUGACAGUCAAACUUUAGUGGUCAUGCUAUGGGUGGUCACUGAAUCAAAACCCAAAGGAAACUAUGGUUGUGCUAAAAGCCAAUGCCUGGUGAUCUGAGUAGGCACCCAACCAGCUCAACCCAUGGGAGAGGGGCUAAAAGUAAGCAAUGGCUGACUAAAACCCACAUGUGCUGUGAGUUUGUGGGUUAAACUCCCUUUUAUUGAUUGGGUAAGUUCUUUUCCCUGGCCUUUGACAUCUGAUAUGUGUGCUUUCAGAGCCUCCUCUAUUCUUGUGGCCGUAAUCUGUUUAAUUCCCCACUCUUUAAUUGUUGUAACCCACCCUGGGACUUGCUGGUGAAGGGUAGAUAAUAUAUUUAAUAGUAAUAGUAAUACCAUGGUUGGUGCAUAUAGUUGUGGUAGGUUUCUUAGGCUGGAGGGGGCAAACAAAAAUCUCCUGAGUGUGGGAGUUAGAGCAUAGCUGGAUCUGACUGCAAGGCUCAGAACACAGGAAAUAUGACCACUUGCAAAAUCAAACUAAAGUUUAAAAGAUUGAUUUUAAUUCUUAUUAAAACAUGUGUCACCAGGAGUGUACCUACCAGAUACUUGCUUUUUUUUUUUAAGAGCAUAUUGUUUGACAUGCUGGGCCUUACUGCUAUAUAGUAAAUUAAAUUAAAUUAAAUUAAAAGUGCUGUUUGCAAUGCAAUCAGAUGCUUUCUAAGGUGGAACACAAAAUUAAACAUACAAUUUAACAUUUAAUUUAAAAUUAAAAUGUAAACUAUAACUAAAAAAAAAAAAAAGCCCAGAAGGCUAGCGAUAGAAAAGCAUGAUCAGUACAGCAUGUCUUGCCUGCAAUCUUUUGCAGGCUGACUAAAAGGUGAGCCCCACUGAACAUAGUGAAACCUUUGAGUAAAUACAUAGGAUUGCAUUAUCAUGCAUUCUUUAUCUUUCACAUUCAAAACACAAAUUAAAAUGCUGUUUUACAAUAAGUUUUCAGGAACCAAUGAAAUGUAGACAGUGAUAAAGCUUGGUGGGCACUGCCCUUGAAAGAGAUGUUCAGAAAAUGAGUGCCCAAAUCCAAGCUGCCUAGAUGAGUUUGUUAAUGAAUGGAAGAUACAUUGAGCAGAGUUUUCCAUUCCCAUUUCUAUUUAAACUUUGCUUGAUUGCAUUGCAAACAGCACUUUUCUGAAGAUACAUUGAGGUAGAGUUUUCAGCUCUACCUCUCCUUUAAAUCAGAACCAGUGAAGGCGGUGAAGGUCCUGUGUGAGUGUCUGGAGGCGGUUGGAGGAUGGAUGGCAGCUAACAGAUUGAGGUUGAAUCCUGACAAGACAGAAGUACUUUUAUGGGGGGACAGGAGGUGGGCAGGUGUGGAGGAUUCCCUGGUCCUGAAUGGGGUAACUAUGCCCCUGAAGGACCAGGUGCACAGCCUGGGAGUCAUUUUGGACUCACAGCUGUCCAUGGAGGAGCAGGUCAAAUCUGUGUCCAGGGCAGCUGUUUACCAGCUCCUUCUGGUACGUAGGCUGAGACCCUACCUGCCUGCGGACUGUCUUGCCAGAGUGGUGCAUGCUCUGGUUAUCUCCCGCUUGGACUACUGCAAUGCACUCUACGUGGGGCUACCUUUGAAGGUGACUCGGAAACUACAACUAAUCCAGAAUGCAGCAGCUAGACUGGUGACUGGGGGCGGCUGCCGAGACCAUAUAACACCGGUCUUGAAAGACCUACAUUGGCUCCCAGUACGUUUCCGAGCACAAUUCAAAGUGUUGGUGCUGACCUUUAAAGCCCUAAACGGCCUCGGUCCAGUAUACCUGAAGGAGCGUCUCCACCCCCAUCACUCUGCCUGGACGCUGAGGUCCAGCGCCGAGGGCCUUCUGGCAGUUCCCUCAUUGCGAGAAGCAAAGCUACAGGGAACCAGGCAGAGGGCCUUCUCGGUAGUGGCGCCCACCCUGUGGAACGCCCUUCCAGCAGAUGUCAAAGCGAUAAACAACUACCUGACAUUCAGAAGACAUCUUAAGGCAGCCCUGUUCAGGGAAGUUUUUAACAUGUGAUAUUUUACUGUAUUUUUGGUUUCUAUGGAAGCCGCCCAGAGUGGCUGGGGAGGCCCAGCCAGAUGGGCGGGGUAUAAAUAAUAAUAAUAAUAAUAAUAAUAAUAAUAAUAAUAAUAAUAUCUACACCUCAGGUGCUACGGGAAAGUUUGUAUGGGAGAAGUUUUAAGUGGUUUUCUCCUUGAGCCACCUAAGUCCAAUUCAACUUCUUUUUGAAGCCUUCCACUUUUAUUCAAGAACAUUGGACUGGUCUUCCAAUUCUGAUACCAGCUCUAGAGCCAGUGAAAGCCCCUUAGGAUACCUCUAAAGGCUUCUUAGCAACCCUUCCAGAUGCAUGUAUGUACUAUGCUUGUUUAAGAACAACAACAUUCACAACAUGUCUAUGGACCCAGCCCUUCCAAAUGAGGAAAGCAAAACACCACUUGGAGAAUAAAUGAGGCAACCUCCUCCACCUUGCCAUUUGUUAUCCAUGCAAUGGACUGGGAAAGAGGAAAACAGAGCCCAGCUGAGGGUUCACAGUGCUGCAGCUCCAUUGCUAAACAGCACAAGAGGGUGAGCAGGAUGUAAAAGGAAAUCUGGUGCCCAGAGUAGCCUUGGGAACCAGGGUCAACUGGUCAAUUAGGAGGCUUUCUGAGGCCGGUAGCCAAGUGGAAUUGCUGCACAACACAACUAUGCUACACACUAUGGUGAGUGCAGCAAUGUCAUUGAUGGGAUUUGAGCUGAGGUUAGAUUAGGUUCCUACAUCUGUACAAAGCAGUAAAUAUUUUCCCAUAGCAACCGAGCUGAAUAGGCACAGCAGGACCCUGUGAACCUCUUUGUCAAUAUAAUAGCUUAUAGAAAUGGGUCACCAAACUAUUAUUAUUAAGGUAGAAAGAUAUAAAUGUCAGAGUUUCUGGAAAGAAGAAUUAAGGGAGCACUUGAGUCUCUCUUUGUACUGAAUUACAAAACAAGUUAAAAACACAGAACAAAAUGAACUGUAGGAAAGAUCUGCUUUUUUUCUCCAGACGACCUCUUCAAGAUAAUUUAGUGGAGAAUUUUCUUGGUCUUGUGACAAGCCUUUCAGAUUUUCUUUUCCAUGCAUAGAGGUCACCAGCUGCAUGAAGCAACCACAUGAAUAUAGCUAUAGGUCCAUACAUGUGCUUUUUACAGACUCAUAACUUGCUUUAUGGAGACUUGUGGGGCAGGAUAAAGGUAAAGGGACCCCUGACCAUUAGGUCCUGUCAUGACCGACUCUGGGGUUGUGGUGCUCAUCUCGCUUUACUGGCCGAGGGAGCCGGCGUACAGCUUCCGGGUCAUGUGGCCAGCAUGACUAAGCAGGAUAAAUCAAAACAGCAGAUGAUAUUGCAAAUAAAUCCAUAGAAGUUACUAGCCCAUUAAAAUGUUUACUACCUCGCCUAUCUACCGUAUUUUUCGCAACAUGGGACGCACUUUUUCCCUCCUAAAAAGCAAGGGAAAAUGUGUGUGUGUCCUAUGGAGAGAAUGCAGGGGGGGAGGCAGGCGGGAAAAGCCCGCAAGAGCUGCACACAAGCUCCGUGCGCUCUUGCGGGCUUUUCCACAGGAGGGAGAAGGAACUGACUGGCCAGGAGAAGCCACAAUCUCUUUAAAGGGGUUGCACGGCUUCUGCGGGCUUUGCGAGGUGAGGAAUACCCACCUCCAGAAAGCCAGGAAGCUGUGCAGCCCUUUAAAGUGUGCGGCUUCUGCCAGUUUUGCGAGAGGUGAGGGAAGUCCCCCACCUCCCAGGAAAGCCAGGAGAAGCCGCGAUCUCUUUAAAGGGGUUGGGCGGCUUCUGCGGGCUUUUGCGAGAGGUGAGGAAAUUCCGCCACCUCCCAGGAAAGCCAGGAGAAGCCGUGCAGCCCUUUUAAAGUGUGCGCGGCUUCUGCCGGUUUUGCGGGAGGUGGGGGAAUUUCCCCACCUCCUAGAAAAGCCAGCAGAAGCCGCGCAGCCCCUUUAAAGAGCGCAGGGCUUCUGCGGGAGGUGGGGGAAUUCCCCCACCUCCCCCAAAGCAGGAAGAAGGUCUGGGAGAAUCGCACAGGCUGCCUGCAGCCUGUCCGCUGCUCCCAGAGCUGGGGGAGGGGUCAUAUUUUUUUCCUUGAUUUUCCCCUCUGAAAACUAGGUGUGCCCUAUGGUGCGAAAAAUACGGUAUAUGUGGGAGAUUAGCAGCCAAACCUAACAAAUAGAUAUUCUUGCUAGUUAGCAUGAGAAGGGGCUAAGUUCACAGACCUAUACUGCUGAUAGGCAGAUACUCAGACCAUAGAAAUACAAUUGGUUGAGAGGGCUCUGUGUGAAGUCAUUUCCCCUCCUCUCCUGAAGAGGAAGGAGCAUAUAGUACUUCCUUUGCCUCCCUUUCUCUUAUUGAUCAGCAAUGGAGACAUGUCUCUGCUUGGUCCAGAACAGGCAAAUGCCUGAGGCAUGGGAUGGGUAUAGCCAGGAUUUAUGUUGGGGGACAGGCUUCAUGUUAGGGGGUAAGAACUUUACUUAAGUAUUUUUAUUGAUUGCCCCCCUGGCUACGCCUAUGGCCUGAGGCUGGUUAUACUGUAAAUAUAAGUAUUUAGCUACAUAGUUUUUAUUGCUGCCAUUGCUGUGUACCAAUGCAAGGUUAUAACUAAGCAAAUUAUAUUUUUAAACUUACUUCCCAAGUUGUUGUCUGAUUUUUUGUUAAGUGGGUAAGAAAGGGAGAGCCAACUUACAUCAUAGCUGGACUUGCUCAAAAGAAGCAUAAUUCCUAUGCUUUGCAUUUUGCUGUCAAAGGUGGGAUGUUCAACCCACACACAUGGGUGUCUUGAGCAAUUAAUUACAAUUACUGUAAUAUAUCCUCUCCUACCCAUUAAAACACACCCCACAUUAUAUUGGGCAUUUGUGGCACAUUGGGACGACGUUUAAAUGAAGGAAUGAGAGUCAAAAAGAGAGAAGAAGGAACCAACAGUCUCCCUAUUUCUAAAAGCUUUCCUGACUGUUUGCCUAGAUGCCAUGUUAUUCACCACAGGUGAGUAAGUGAUUGACCAUUUACAAGCCUCACAUAAGAGGGUCAGCUUAUAUGUGUGGAGGGACACAGGUGGUGCUGUGGGUUAAACCACAUAGCCUAGGACUUGCCGAUCAGAAGGUCGGCUGAUCGAAACCCGCGAUGUGGUGAGCUCCCGUUGCUCGGUCCCUGCUCCUACCAACCUAGCAGUUCGAAAGCACGUCAAAGUGCAAGCAGAUAAGUAGGUACCGCUUCGGCGGGAAGAUAAACGGUGUUUCUGUGCGCUGCUCUGGUUCGCCAGAAGCGGCUUAGUCAUGCUGGCCACAUGACCGGGAAGCUGUACGCCAGCUUCCUCAGCCAAUAAAGCGAGAUGAGUGCCGCAACCCCAGAGUCGGUCACGACUGGACCUAAUGGUCAGGGGUCCCUUUACUUUUAUAUAUGUGUGGAAGUUCCUUGAAACUUAUUAUUCACAUUGUGUUAGUAAUGUUUUAUUUAUGAAAAGAACAUUCCCAUGAUUUAAGACAACCACAUGUCAUUGCUAAACCUCUUAGGAUUCCAGGCAUAGACAUACCUUUCAAAAAAUCUUAGAGUAUGCAUUGCAUAUUUGACAGCACUUAACACAGCAAGGGAUUAACUAGACUGCCACUGCUUCAUAUCUCUUUUGACCUCUUCCUUGUAAUGUUUAGGUAAAUACAAUGUAUGAUGCGCCAUCACUGCAUUAUGUAUUUUCCUGUACACAGUGUACAUUUUCCCAGUGUAAAAUAGCUAACGAUGAGAGGUGGGGGCAGAGAAAUGCUCAGUGACAGUAACACUUUUAUAGUUAGAAUAAUCUAAAUGCAUAAAAAACUAGAAAAGCUGUUGCUGAAGUUUCUGUUUCUCUGUAUGUUCAUAUAUAUAAGUGUGAUGGAAAACAAUAUAUCUAAGGUCAUAUAAAUAUCUCUGGCACUGUAAGCUGCAUGCCAUUAGGAUCCAUUGGUCACACAUGUUGAGAUGACCAUGUGACUCUGCUAAGUACUACUCUUGAGUGCUUGCUCUUAGUGAUGUUCAUAAAGGCAUUUUAAUUACCUCAGCGUAUGGUAUCAGCUCAUUUGUACAGAAUGGAUCAUUGUGUAGGAAAGGGGUUUUUCAAAUGUGACUCAUCGAGCCCUCAUUUAAGUUAUGCUGCUGGAAUAUCUGCACUGGAACAAUCACGCCUACCUGCUAGAUCCUGUUGUCUAUUGAUCAGGGUAAUACAGUUUGACUUUUAUGAGUCAAGAAACUUGAAUGUUCUUUGCACAACAUACAAGUUACUUACAACUCUGCUCCAUGCCCAAACAUUUUAUCCAAAAUGUCCCCCAACUCUGCAGAGCAGAUUUUACUGAUGUAUGAAGGGCUAAAGGGAAGAGAAGAGGAAGGAAAAGUUUGAUUGUAUGAGCAGAAUUUCAUGCCAUUGGGAGUCUAGGAGUGUCACAUGCCUUUGCUAGCAUCUGUUUUAAAAAAUGUAAGGACCAAAGGCAAAAGAGGGAAAAUAUGGGAAAUGGUUAUUGGCUAUUGUUAUAUGGAUUGUAUCACCAACUGCAUAGUUAGACAGGUGAGUUUCCCUAUUGCAACAGUUCAUAAAAUUUGCACUACAGUGGUACCUCGGGUUAAGUACUUAAUUCGUUCUGGAGGUCCGUUCUUAACCUGAAACUGUACUUAACCUGAAGCACCACUUUAGCUAAUGGGGCCUCCUGCUGCUGCCGUGCCGCCAGAGCAUAAUUUCUGUUCUCAUCCUGAAGCAAAGUUCUUAACCUGAAGCACUAUUUCUGGGUUAGCGGAGUCUGUAACCUGAAGUGUAUGUAACCUGAAGCAUAUGUAACCUGAGGUACCACUGUACUUGAACAUUGCUGGUUGUCUUAGCAGACCACUUAAUUUUUUAUUUAUGCAGUACCAGUAUCAUAAUCCAAAAGAGUGGUGUAUUGGCCAGGAUUCUGAAAAGGAACCCUUUAACUGGUAAUAUUUUAAGGGUGGUGGGUUUGAAUGGUAUACUGUAGCAAAGCCAGAUUUUGAAAAACAUGAGCCCUAGGUCAGGACAUUGUUAACCCAUUUGAUAAAUCCAGCCCAGGACAAAAAUGAAUGCCAGGAAAAGAAAUGUAAGUGCAGGUCCAAGUAUGUAUAUUCUUUACCAUUCUGAAACCUUUCCACAGUCCACCUGAAUGGAAUUCAUGGUCUGCAGACUACAGUUUGUGAACACUGCUGAAAACAUUUCAAUCAACAAUGAAAAAAAUAUAUGUAGAUAUUCUUAAGGAAUCAAAGAAGUCUUAAGUGUACCAAAGAAGGGAGAUUAUAAAAUGUGAAUCAGAGCUAGCGGGGUUGCUUGAAAAUCUUGUAGAAGAUUUUGUGUGUCAGGCUUGCUACAUAAUUAGGGAAGUGAUAAAAGGAGCAUAGAUUCAUUCGGAAAGUUGGGUUACAGGCAAUACAGUCCCAUAGUUCAAGCAGAACAAAGUCAAACAUGUAACCAGUGAAGAAUGGAUUAAAGGAAGCACUGACAUUUGAGCCAUUAACACAGAUAACCUUUCUCCUUAUGCUCUCUUCUACAAAGAUGAUAUACAAAGCAUGGAUUAUUUGGUUUAAAUGGUAUAUGAAAUUACCUCAUGCAUCUCAAGAUUAAAUCCUUGGACGUACCAGCUGUAAGAUUAAUAAUCAGCUCACACUUAAUGUUUUGUACUCAGUUUCAGAGACUCUAUAGAGAGGGAUGCGGGUGGUGCUGUGGUCUAAACCACAAAGCCUAGGGCUUGCCAAUGGGAAGGUCAGCUGUUUGAAUCCCCGCGACGGGGUGAGCUCCCGUUGCUCGGUCCCAGCUCCUGCUAACCUAGCAGUUCGGAAGCACAUCAAGAAGUGCAAGUAGAUAAAUAGGUACCCCUCUGGCGGAAAGGUAAAUGGCAUUUCCGUGGUUCGCCAGAAACGGUUUAGUCAUUCUGGCCACAUGACCCAAAAGCUGUCUGCAGACAAACACCAGCUCCCUGGAUCUAUAGAGUGAGGUGAGCACCGCAAUCCCAGAGUCGUCCACGACUGGACCUAACGGUCAGGGGUACCUUUACCUCAGAGACUCUAUAUAAGAGAUUAUGGAAUUGGUUACAGUUGUUUCAUUGGAGCUGCUUUGAAAAUAUGGUAGUGGAUUCUAGUGAUGUGAAAAUCACAAGAAAAUGUGGUGUUGCUAUACCUUCUAUUUUAGGCCAAUAACAGAUUCAGUUGACAUUCAAUACAUUUUUAAAUGGUAACUUAAGAGUAUGUGACCCUAUUUCAUUUUAAAUCUCCCGAUUGUUUAAUGAACUACGUUAGCAUCUGAAUUGUCAUGAGUCACAGAAUGUUCAUAUGCAUUUUCUGAGGUAAUUGGUGUGUGGGGGAGUAUGCUAAGGAGUGACAGUUGUGUCAGUUCCUGUUUCUCUCAAUUUCAUUUUUUUUUUUGGUAAGUUUUAAAUUCAGUUAGCCAAUUUCCCAGUUUGCAUUCCGUCCCCGUCCCCCCAAAGUACAUUGUGUACUUCUCAUAAGAUAUGUAUUUUUGUAUAAUUUCACAAUAUAUGUGCGUGUGUGCAAUGUCCCCUAAUAUAAUACAUACAUCCCAGUUUGGUGUCAGCUGCAGAUUUGAUGAGUAUCAAUUCCUUCAUCUAAGUCAUUUAUAAAGAUGUUGAACAACAGCAGGCACAGGACAGAACACCCCACUUGUCACUUUUUUCCAGGAUGAUGAGGAACAAUUAAUGAGCAUGGGCUAGGGGGUGCAAAAUACUUGCCUUGCCUUGGGCACUGCCAAACCACGCUACGCCACUUUUCCAUCCAUCAGGGUGACCAAGGCUGAUACAUCUCAAAGCUAGGCCUCAACCCAGACUGAAAUUUGUCAAGAUAAUCCAUUCUACAGCUGAACUAUUCUCUCAGGCACUUUACAGUGGUACCUCCAGUUGCGGAAGGGAUCUGUUCUGGAGCUCCAGUCAGAUCCUGAGGUUUUUACAACUGGAGGUGCCUGUUUUGCGCAUGCGCGCGGCGUGGUAGAGUGCUUUUGCACAUGCGCGCGUGGCGAAACCCAGAAAAAUACUUCCAGGUUUGCCGCGUGCGUAUCCCAAAGGAUACAUAACCAGAGGUGCUCAUAAGUAGAGGUACCACUGUACUCAGAAAAGGGCAUUUGUGCAUGGGUGGAUGAUGUCAAGUACUUCAAGGACCAAGGAGGUCAUAUUUAGGAGCAGUCACACUCCUUUAAAGAAACAGGCACUGAUAGCAGAAGGCACUUGCGUGGUGAGUCCACAGCAAGUCCAAAGAAAUGACAAGUUUCAUGCAGUAUAGAUAUAUCCCCUAUAUAUAUAGGUAUAUAUACCUCCAUAUAUAGAGGAGAUAUAUAUACUGCAUGAAACUUGUCAUUUCUUUGAGAAACCCAUUCCUUCAGCACCUCUCCACCUACCCACAAAUAUGCAUUAGGCACACCCUAGACUCUCAACUAGCUCAAAUUACCCAUGAUGGGUAGAGGUUGAGAGAGUAUGCUAUGGGCGAAACUGCUGCAAGGUACUACCUAAAAUUCUAGAAGCAUGCUUAGAUUUCAGUAAGAAAAGCAGCAAACGGAGAUUUCCAUUUAUUUGAAUUUCUUCUCCCAUCAUCAUUUUACAGUUCAUUAGUCCCAAAUAUUAACACUUCAAGAAGCCUAAAACUACCUAUUUAACAUGUAUAAUUAUUCAGCUCAAAUUAAUUUACAUUUCAAGUACCUUCCAUUUUACCUUUAUAAAGCCUUAUCCAGGCUGAUUAAUGAAUAUUUCAAUCUUCAAAUCAGUUAUUUUCAAUCAUGUCAACAUUUUCUUUAACUUAUUUUUCCUCAGUGCCACCAGCCAAAUGACUUACAUGACAAAACUCACAGUGCUUGCAUCAAUUUGCAUUACUAUCCUUAUUGCCUUUUCUAAAACUAAAUUUAUCAGCAAAGGCUACAAGGCCAAAUUUCUCAUAAUCCCCAGAUUUUAAAAUGUGGACAAAAACCCACAUGUGAAGGACAAUAGGGAAAGCUACUAUCUCCUCCUCCUUUUUUGUUAGCUGCUCUUUACUGCCAUUCACCUCCCUGCUGCUGCUUUCAUGCUUUUUUCUAAUCCAAAAUGACCUCAGCCAAUCAAGGAAGAUACCAUAAAUGUGCUAAUGUCAUAUUACCAUGUAACCAACCAGAUUUGACUGUCACCAUGAAACUGGGAGUGAGGGAGACUUAGAGGAUGCACCAUUCUGGAAGCGAGACAAUAAGCUUACUGUACUGUCUCUCUCCAUUGAGAACAGAACAGUACAGUCAUAUCUCAUGUUACGUUUGCUUCAUGUUACGUUUUUUCAGGUGGCAUCCUGCGGCAACCCGAAAGUACUGGAAAGGGUUACUUCUGGGUUUCACUGCUUGCUCACGCGCAGUAGCGCUAAAUCACACUUCGCGCAUGCGCACAAGCACCAAAUCACGCCACACACCUCCGCAGAUACGGCGCUUCAGGUUGCGGGCUUUUCACGUUGCGAAGGGGCGUCCGGAAUGGAUCCCAUUUGCAACAAGAGGUACCACUGUAUAAGAAAAUCCUGAUUCAAUCCAGACACAACUAAAUCCAGUGCCAUACACAGAUUGAGUCAUAUAAUGAGCACUCACACUUUACAUUGUGGGUGCCCUUUGCAGGAUGGCGCAUGGUGCUACAGUUCCCAGGCAGCUUACUGGGAAAUGGGGCUGGCUUGCCUCUCAGUGUUAAUUUUUGGAGGUUCACGACCAGCCUCAGUAAUCAAGUUUCUUGCUGGGAGGUGGGGCCAGCCCCAUUUAUAAAUAGGGGGUGGAGCCGACAAUAGAGAUUCACCCUCCCUACCUUUCCUUUGUUUAAUGUUUCUUGUUUGCAGGUUAACUUUUUCUUCCUGUUUAGUGGGCACUGCUAUGGUCUUUGACUGGUUGCUGUUGAAGGACCGGGAAGAAAUUUUCCUGCAUUGGCAGGUCUUGUCUUCCCCGUAGCAAUUCAUCACAACUUUGGCGGUUAUGGCCUUGGGUGGAAUCCUUUAGUCUUUUCUUCCCUAUUUGGGGGGGGGGGGGGCAUGAAGUGGUGACUCAACCCCCUGCAGAGGCGAUUCCAGGGUCCCCUCUUAAAGGGGCUAUAUAUAUGGGUGUCACAGGCCAUACACUGAGAAGUCGUCAGUGAACUACCCUGUGUGCGGGGAUAUGGGCUUGGCUGCCUGCUACACUUACAUCUCACAGAGCACCCCCUAUCCCAUUUACCCUGAUGAGUCCCAGUUCCCCCCGGCCUAAGCCAAGGUCUUCCUAGAUGAAGAAGUUUAAUAAAGUUUUAUAUAUAUAUAUAUAAAUAAUAUUUAUUGAUUUUCCAACCAUUUAAACACAGUAAAACAGAAAAAACAAAAAAGGAAAAGAAAAAGCAAAGCAAAGAAAAGAAAAAACAUAAGAUUAAACCAUUUAAAACACAAAACAAUUUCAAUAUCUUAACUUUCAUUCCCUUAUUUCCACGACCUCCUCACACCUCCCUUUUUGUAUUCCACUUCUAUUAAUUGUUUCAGCAAUUCCUUUUCAUCUUCCUCUGUUUUCUGUCCUAUAUCUUAACAUAUUCUAAUCUUAUUUUUCCCUUUAAUACUCUAUUAGUCUAUUUAUACUUAAUUCCUUAUAGCAUUUCUACUAAAGCCAUAUAACUUCAUUCCAACAUUUUUCUAACAUUCAUUAUUUUUACAAUAUUUCUAUAGAUAGUCUUAAACUUUUUCCAGUCUUCUUCCACCGUCUCUUCUCCCUGGUCUCGGAUUUCUGCCAGUCGUUUCCGCCAAUUCCAUAUAGUCCAUCAACUUCAUCUGCCAUUCUUCCCGGAUAGAUAAAUCUUGUGUCUUCCAGUACUUCACAGUAAGUAUUCUUGCUGCUAUUGUUGCAUACGUGAAAAGAGUUCUAUCCUUCUUUAACACCAAUUGGCUGACCAUGCCCAGGAGAAAGGCCUCUGGUUUCUUCAAAAAGGUAUAUUUAAAUACCUUUUUCAUUUCAUUAUGAAUCAUCUCCCAAAGUGUCUUAAUCCUUGGGCAUGUCCACCAAAGGUGAACUCUAAUCCUCAAAUUUGUCUGUUUUUCUUUGAGUUCAGUCAUAGCAAGCGUCAACUUAUAUUCAUCAAGUUGCUUCUGUAGUGCUGGGGUUCUCUUGCUCUUUCUCUCCAGUUGUGUUUCUUUACAAUCAGCAACAACAGCUUUUCCCCUGGCCUCCUCCGCAGUUUGCCAUAUCGAAAUAGGUUCCUGUGUCAAUUUCUGGGUAGUUUCUAUAUUAGUAUUAUUUAUACUUUCUAUAUUUAAGUUAGUUUUAAUGAUUGAAACAUCCACUUUCGCAUUUAUCGUGUCCAUUUUCCUGUGAAGCUGAUCCAAUGAAUCAUUUAUCUUAAAUAAUACCGCCACUAGAGCCUCUUCUGUCAACAUUUCUCUUGGUUUUACAUAUACUGGUACAAAGGCUGCAACAGAAGGAGCAGGAGGGCCUGAUGGUGGACCUCUCCUGGAUUGUUGCCAAGUCCUCCCAGACCUUAAUGUUUUGUCAGCAGUUGACUGGUCUGUUUUUCCUCUUCCAUUUACCAUAACACUUAAAAGAUCAAGGUCAGUCCCAGAGUCUCACGGUUUUUAACUUGCAGCUGGAAAUUCCCUAGUCCAGCUCUUGUAAAGCAACCGGUUUCAAAGGCUUCCACUAGGGGGAAACAGUUUCUAUUUGCAAUAGUCAAUAGUAUCCUCUUUUAAACAAUCCGAAAAUUAGUUUCAAGUUAGUUUCAAUUUUCAGUUACUUUUACUCCUUUUUAAAGCAGCCGGAAACAGUAGAAACAAUGUAUUUCUCUUGUUUAACUAGCUGUCAAUGAACGUUCUAAACGCUGUCAAUGAACAUUCCAAAGUACAUCAGACCUACUAGCAGCCCGUUUCCAGGGUCAGAGCGGCGGUGUUUUAGAUCUCUUCGCUCUCUCCUGCAGGCAUAUUCAGUCCACAACUCCCCCCCCUUCUCCUGCCUCCAAAGGGGGGUUUUGUUCUUUACCGAUGGAAAUUUAAUCUUUUACAAAAGACUUUCCAGGACUCCAGCUUGCAACUUCAUUGCCUCAGUCUAUUUACAAAAGGGGGAGGUGGACUUCCUGUUUUGAACCUCCCCACUUCAAUACCAAAUUAUACUUUUAGAAAUCCAAUUCUCCCAUUUCAGCUCUACUCACGGGUAAUUACUUUAAGGUCAAAUUGUCCACAGGAAAAAGUCAGCGCUCUCCGGCAACGGCUGUGCGGCUUCACUCCGUGGAAGAAGCAGACGAUUCGAAGCACCGCGCCACUCACCGCACGUCGCUCCGGAGACCCGAAAACGGGUUUCCCCGCGAGUAGGGGAGGCGCAGAAGGUGCCUGCCGAAUCCCACGCUCACAGGCUUCUCCCGCCUGUGAUUUUUACGGGUCUCCGCCUUCGCCGUGGCAGCCAGACCCAAUUUUUCCACGGGGCAAGUUCCUCCCGGUCAGAGGAAUUCCGCCAUUGCCGAUGGCGCCAACCCGGAAGUAAAAAGUUUAAUAAAGUUGUGGCCUAAUUUUAAUUCCAUAUAAUGUUGUCAGAGUCUUUAUUCCUUCCUUAUGAUCCCUGGGGGCUGGGGCUGUCACCGCCUGGUCACGCAAUGACACUGGCCACACAAAGGGUAAUGUUUCCCCCAUCGCUCAAAUGAUUGAUGCCAACCCUCACUAUGACCACUUACAGUGAAUGCAGCCAGCUGUGGUUUAAUAUUCUCAUCACUAUAUUAUUAUUAUGCACAGGAACUCUGCCAAAUACACCAUAUAUUAAAGAGUAUCUGCUUUCCUUAUCUGUCUUAUCUACCCAUUGCCAUCAUUAAAAUCCAGGAAGGGUGGGGAUGCCUCUGUAUGCAUUUACUCACUUAAAGUAGUGGGCUAUAAGAAUGGGACAAAAAGACCAGGAUUGGAAAGUUAAAGCUAAAUAACUUUCAUUUUAGCUUAAAAUAACAUAACAAGAUAGAUUUAUUUGCAGGUUGAAUAUGUUGCGAUACUUUGCUUAAUAACGACUUAUCGAUACUACUGUUGCUCCAUUUACGUUAACGCUGUACUGCUGUUUUAAAAAGAUGGCUGUGCACUUGCUCUAGUUCCUGUUGCUAUACUGAUACCAAUCAUCCUGUUAGCUUCAUUCUGCAGGCUGAUUAGAAGACUUCACCGGAAGUCCCACCCACCCACUCAAUUUCCCAUCCCCCUUGCCUUCGAGGCCUUUCUGGGUCUUCACCAGAUGUCUUCCUAGUGAGGGAACUCUCUGUUUCUUCAGGUUAACGGUUGACACACUGGCCUCAGCUCUUUCCAAAAACUGCAACUGGAGUCUCUUCCUCUUUGCAGACCCUCUUGACUGUUGCUUUCCGUGAUUUCAGCUUAAGUUAUUGUCUCGGCUCCCUCCUCUCAAAGACUGCCUAACUACCCCCUAAACAGUGCCGAGCCUUAUACUCUUUACAGCCAAAACAUUCCAGCUAAGAACAUUCACUGUAAUCCCAAAGCUUCAUUGGUUUACAACUGUGACCAACAGAUUUUAACAGAAUGCCUACAAAAGAAGUUGACCUCUUUCUGUUCCACUAAAUUAUAUAAUAGCUGUGCAUUCCGACCGACUGUUAUAAUUUGAAACUUAUUAAGGCACAAAGACCCUCUGGGGCAAAAGCAUCAGUUAAACUGCCUCUUGGCAGAGUGCCAGCUGAACCCCAAUGUGAUGGAUGGUAUCCAGUUGUGUCAGGCCAGUCACAACACAAUAGCCAUUGUGCUCGUGGAACCUUGUUCUUUCAAGAACACAACUGCUGAAUCCAACAUGUGUGUUGCACAAGACAUUGUGCAGCCUCUAGCUAGUGCCAUUGUACUCAGAGACUGUUAAGCUCUCUGUGUUGCAAUGUCCUGAUGAAAUAUUGGCUUCAGCUAGGAGACCAGUCCCUCCUCCCAGUUAGGUAUUUACAAUUCAAACUGUGUUCAAAAUUGUUGUGGGAAACAAAAUGAAACAACAUUUAAAAUCCUCCUCAGAAGUAUACAGCUACUUCUACUACAAUGAUUUCUAGCAGCCAUUUGACAAAACUGCAGACAAAUAAUUAACAUAAUUCAAAAGAUUAUAGCUUAUAGUUCUUCCACAGAGUGUGGUGUUAUCUUCUCUAACAUAACAAUACAAACCCCAGCAUAUGGGGUAUGGCAAAUUGAUGCAAUCUCAGUCCUGACACUCACAUCAGCCAGGGUGGACGACAAAUCCCUGUACCUCUGGGGCAGGCAAAUUACUGGACCUGGCACAGCCACUAGGCAGAUGCUGUCAAGUGAUAGCAGUACUUGGGCUCCGAUGCAAGGACAACUAAGCCUCCCCUAAUCCACAAAACACACAGUUUUGGAAUUUUCCACACACUACUUCCAGCAAAGAUCCCACCAGUGGUACUUCAGCCCGCCUGCAUGUUUUCUGGACAGGAUGGGCAGAGGAUAGUGGGAGCCCGGAGGUCUGAGCAGAGGAACAUUUCUGUACAAUCCAAGCCCCAAGCCCCACCCUGCUUCCAGCCUGGCACAAAGGGUGGGUGGGUUGGAAUGAAGCCUUAAAUGUGACAUGAAACAUGCUAAAAUAAUAUAACACUUUGGGAUAAAACUCCAUUUAUUUAUUUUAUUUAGCAAAAGUUGUAUUAAUGGUAAUUGCUCAAUUAAUUAAUUAAUUAAUGGUAAUUAAUGGUAUUGCUUAAUGGUAAAUAAUACAUCUGAGCUGCGUACGAAGAACCUAAAAUCUACAUUAAAUUAUCAACAAAAAUCUAUGUUAAAAUCAAGUUUUUAAAAACUAUUGACUUCAAUGGGACUUAUUUCUUUGUCGACAUGGACUGUAGCCACAGCUGAUAUAUGCUUCAAAAGACUUUUCUUACAAUAUGCAUUCAAGGUCACUUCUGUAUUUUCUCACUGGCUUUUUUCAUAUUGAUAAUCUGCACUCUUUUAUCACAGCAGGAAACAAGAUCUCAGAUAAUUUAUAUUUUUCCUUUCUUGGGAAGAAAGACUUUGAUUUUCAUUGUUCUUAUCAACUUUGUUCCUUCCCUUCAUAUUUUUUCCAUUAUUGCUUAUUUCCUUCUUACCUGUAUCUAUUUUUUUCUUUUGCAAAAACAAAACAAAACCCCAAAACAAAAAAACCUGUAAUGGCUGUUUUCCAAUAACCCGAUUCCUUGUAUACCAUUACAUUUCUGUUUCCACCAAUGGUUUGCAGGGUUCUGUGAAGCAGUGUCUGGGUGAAAAUUGGAAAAAUGUUCAACAACUAUUCUGUCUGGAUUUUCACUAUUUGAAAUAUGGCAACCCUAAGGUGUAUCUUGUUACAUUAAGUCCUUCUUUUGAUGUCCUUAAUAGGAUGCACUGUCCUAUCCUUCCUUCUGUUUCGUAUCAAAGGCCUGAGAGCUGCAUUCCUUAUUGGGUGAUAUCCCACAGGCCACGUGCCCAUGGUGGAGAGUGACAGAGGCAAGAGUGGGUGGAACGACAGAUAGUAGGUUGCUUUCAAGCCACACAAAUGUCAGAGGUUUCUACAGUCUCUCUCUCACACACAAAUAUAUCUCCAUCCUCCAUGCCAACAAGCAAGAGGCAUUACUACCAUUUAAGGGCACAUUUGAGGUAGAAUAGCCCAAUAGCCAAUCAGGGAUGACCAGGAAAAAAAGUCCUAGUCUCUUAAAAAGCAGCUACUCAGAACCCACUGUGUUCUUUUGUGGAAUUGGUUGGGAUGCCCUGCUUGAACUGAAGAUUCAGGAAGUCAGGUAUAGGUCCUGCUUUCACCUCUCAUUUCCAAGGAUUAAAAUGAAAAGAUAUUAAAUUCUGAUUCUUGUGAAACCUCUGGUGAUGUGGGCCCAAAGUAUCACAAAACGUGGACCCACAUGGGUAUUUAUUUCUCUCCCAGCUCCUUUCUCCCUGAAGUUAGCUGCAACAACAGAAAGCUCCUGGCUAAUUUUAAUCUUGUGCAUCCUGAUCACAGCUACAUUUAAAUGGAAGUUUGAUUUCAAUAUGACUUACUUCCACAUAUAUAUGCUUAUGAUUGCAGCCUUAAAAUACACAAGCAAAAUGAUGUGUGUGCACUCCUUGUAUUUGUUGACAUAGCUAUUAAAUAGUAGUUGAAAGUGACAACUGACAUAUUUCCUGUGUCUUAUGGCCAUGGCAUUGCAUGAUUUUAUCUGGAAGAGGUGCCUAAAGCAGGAAUUCUGACAACAUGCAUUCAUAAUCUUUUUAUAGUGGUAGGGGGGAAAACCACACACACACACACACACACACACACAGAUGAUUGAUGAAAAGAGUUGCUUGCUAUUUUUCAGUUCAUAAAUGAUGUUUUGACAGUGGUGUAAGGGAAAAGGACCCAUAGGGACUGUAGCUCAGUAGAACACACUUUUCAUGCAGAACACACUUUUCAUGCACAAGUUUUCAGAUUCAAUCUCUGGAAUCUCCAAUCUAGGAAUGUUUACCAUAGGAAACCCAGGAGUGUCAGUGCCAGUCAAUGUAGAGCAAUGUUUUUCAACCAUGGAUCCCCAGAUGUUGUUGGACCACAGUACCCAUCAUCCCUGACCAAUAGCUAAGCUGCAUGGGGAUGAUGGAAGUUGCAGUACAACAGUAACUCUGUACCCAAGGUUGAGGAACAGUGGUAUAUAAUAAUGGCCUGGAUAACUCAGUUAUUAUUAAAGUGUUUGGGCUAAUGAACACUUGUCUUCCAUUUGCAAACACCUAGUGAGGCAGAAAUGCUCAGCAGAUGGUUUUCUUCAAAUAGCCAUAUUCCCAAGGAGCCAGUACAACACUGCUACCUAAUGACACCGUGUCACAUUCUAUUAGACCUUUAUUUUGUAUUGCAUUGCUUACAGCAUGGGCACAGAAUGCAUUAUGAAAAUGGAGCCUGAUAUUAUCUGACAUCCUAUCAGCAUCAAACAAAGGUCCUGUCGGUUCUCAGGCAGAUCGUCGGUUUGAACCAUGACUGCUUGAUCCUAUCGAUUGCUAGAGAUCACCCUGGAACCUUUUGCUUGUUUCACCAGCUUCAUUUCCAUGCUUGUAAUCUAACAUAGUAGAAGGACCUCUAAGUUAGUAGCUCUUUUCCAGAUUUGUUUUACUUCAAAAGAUUGCUCAUUAGAUUCACUCUGCAUUUACAUAAAAUAUCUGUGUAUAUAUGUGUGUGUUUGUGUGCACACAAUGCUAUUGAUCCCCAUGCUUCAGCAUAACAAUAUACCACAUAUUCUGGAGUCACCAAGCUCAGCAAUAGGUUAUUUUCAGCAGUCCAGUCUGUGCUGUCACUUGCCAGUGUUUAAUGCUUAGAUCAACCAAGAGACAGACUCUUAUCAAGGUGAGGUCUAGGUUAGCUGAAUUCAAUUUCAGAGCUUUCCUGGUGUAUCAUUCAACAACAAAACAAAGGCACUGAUUUCAAAAGAAUUUCUAACAACUCAUAAUAGGAAAUGGCAGUUGAGCAUGACUUGAAGAUAGAGAUAUUUGGUGGCAGUGAAUGGAGGUGGAGACAAAUGUGUGUGGAAAUGAAAUGAUAUAAUGACUUGAUAUGUAGAUCAGGGACUUCAUGUGUUGAUUUUAUCCGCAGACUGGUAAAAAUGGGCAAUCAUAUAGUACUACCUUGGUUUAUGAACUUAAUCCGCUCUGGAAGUCCAUUCUUAAACCGAGGUGCACUUUCCCUAAUGAGGCCUCCCGCUGCUGGUGCCCUUCCACUGUUCGGAUUCUGUUCUUAGACUGAGGUAAAGUUCUCAAACCAAGACACUAUUUCCUGUUUUGCGGAGUUUGUAAACCAAAUCGUUCUUAAACCGGACUGUUCUUAAACCGAGGUACCACUGUACUCUAAUUAUUCUAUAUUCAUGUAUGACUGUCAGCUGAUACUUGCCGAGGUAAUGAAGUAAAGUUUGGAACUGGAUGAAACUGAAGUUGGCUAAGCAUAAACUUUAAAAAGGAGAGAGAAAGAAAGGGGAAUAGAUGACAGAAGGUCUAAUAUUACAGUCUUAACAAUGUCUGCUCAGAAAUAAAUCCAACAGAAUUCAUUUGAGCUUACUCCCUGGUGAUGUACUAGUUUAGAAGAAGGUGGUAAGCUUUCUUUUCUUUAUUAAUUUAUAAUUUACACAAUCUACAUAAAUAUCUUGUUUCCUGCUUGGCAGGGGGUUGGACUCGAUGGCCCUUGUGGUCUCUUCCAACUCUAUGAUUCUAUGAUCUUUCCAGUUUUACGUUACCAUUUUAUCUAUCCAAAUAAUCAAUAAAGCGAUUCCAUAUCUCAGAAAACUCAAUCUUACACCUUCUUCCUUCCUUCCCUGAUACAAAUUAUGUCCAAUGGUACAUAACUGCAAAUUGUAUGCACGUCAUUAACUAUUUCCACUCUGUUGGAAUAUUCUGGUUCUUCCAUCUGGCCCAUAUGAUUUUUGCAGCCACUAUUAAGAUAGAGACCAAUGGUUUCAAUCUUUAAGACUCUUCUUUACCAUUAAGGUUAAAAAGGAACAACAACAGGGUUGGUCCAUCCAGUUACGUCUAAAAUACAUUGUUCUCCAGUAAUUUGCUAUGAUCAGGCAUUCCCACCAAUGUGAAGUAAAUGCCCAUUGCUGUCCUGACAAUUCUGACGUUUAAAUGGAGUUGUUGGGUAAAUAUGGGGGUUCAAUGACCAAUGCCCUGUGGGUUCAACCUAGACAGCCAAUACAUUCCAGACUCCAGAAGUCAGAAAAACAGGGCAUUUUUUUUAGGCAUUGCAAGGCUGGUGCAACAUGACAUUGUAUUUGAUGGGUGGCACAUCAAGUAUGCAAGCAACACAAGUGUUUAUACAUUUACAAGCAAAGAGAAGAAAUGGGACAGUUAUUUUCCAUAUACUUUCUUCUACUAGCUUCUCCUGGUUUAAUCACAAGGCACAGAAAAUUCCAAUUCCCUUCCCUUGCAACAGUUUCUAAUAACAAGCUCCUGCUUACUUGCUACUUUGUCCUUUUUCUCUUGCAAGCACAACCUUCACUUUCCAUUUUAUAAUUUCAAUGAGUUAUCCAACUUAUUCCCUGUGAAUUCUAUUUAAUCCUGCAGGUGCUAGAUGCCAUCUUAUUAGUAAAUUUACACUAUACUUCUUUGAUGGAUCAGCUUACUAAAGAUUUAUUCACAUGGUUCCCCACUUCAUUUCAAAAUUGCUCUGUAAUAUCCCAGGAUGCCCCUCUUUCCCAUCUCGCUCUGCUAACUAUUCUUCUCCCUACCUCAUAUGUACCAGUAACUAGUAAUUUUUUGAGACCUUUACUUACAUGGGGGGACAUUAAAUACAACACCAUGACCAAUGUUCUUCAUUAUCAUCAUACAAGAUGUUGAUGAACCGACAUAAUAAAAUAAUGCUUUUGGCAUAGCCUUGAGGCCUCACUAGCAGCAAAUCCUGGAUUGCUUUAUUGAACUGAAUUACUUUGAAGAUUUCUUAGUUCCUUCAGGAAAUCUUUGGGAGCUGUAGUAACCGGUUUAAAAACCAGGCCAUCAUUUCCAUAGUAGCAAUGAUGACUAUGUUUUUUUUCAGAAAGGCAUUCAGGUCUCUUGGCUGCCUCUAUAAAAAACACUGUUCCCUUUUUGGAUCAAUUAUGUCUCUGAUGUUAUUUUUGCCAAAAUGCUGAAUGCCAACUUGGCUUGUAAAAAGGGUAUUAAUAUGAAGAAAAGUCUUAAAUCUGUUUCCCUCUGUGCCUGGCAUAUAUGCUCAGAGUCUUCUCUAAUCACGUAUUGUGACAGUCAUCUUAAGUGCAGCUCCAUGCAAAAAUAAUUCUAGCCAUUCUCGCUUCCAGUAAAUACUUUUUUUUUCUAGAUCACCUGUGCCAAAAUUUUUGUGUGUGAUUAUAUUACCUGCUAUAGUCAUAGGACAUGGAGGCAUAGUUUAAACUGGACUUGUGGAAGAUAAAACUAAGUUCUGUAUUUGUACCACUGGGUAUAGAAUGGAACGGUUAGAUUUAAAAAACCAGGAACAGGAAGAAAAGAGCCACUGGUCCUGUUUCACAAAUGUUUGGGUAUAGAGUGCUAUAAUAAUGAGAAAAAUAAGAAGCUACUAUAUAUCAAGCCAAUCCUAAUCUGGAGAUACCAAUGAUUCAGCCUGGGAGUUUUACAUUCAAUGCAUGCAUUCUCUUUCCGAGCUUACAGAUAUGUAGGAGUAGUUUGUUCCUACUGUAUUAAAAUAUGAAGCUACUUAAUUCACGCAUUUUAAACUUUAUGCAAAUUGAAGUGCAUUUCAAUUUGCUUUCCCUUAGAGAAACUAAGGAUGGGGAGCCCAACAUCAUAGAUAUAUGGGAAGCUGCCUAUUGUCAAGGCAGACCAAUGGUCUAUCUACCUAAGUGUUUCCAGAGUUUCAGGUAGAAAUCUCUCCCAGCCCUUCCUGGAGAAGCAGGGAUUGAUUGACCCUGGGACCUUUUGUAUUCAAAGCAUUGCUCUACCACGGACCUGUGGUCCUUCCACAGGGAAGAUGAAGGGAGGCAAUGACCUUAGGAGAGAUGGAACUGGAGCGGGACGAAUCAGAGUGGAGACUCUGAAGAAACUUCCCAGUGUUUAAGAUGAUGGCAUAUAUGGUACAAGGCACAGGAAGAGAAGCUGAUUAAGGGGAAAGGCGUUGAUGAAAGGAAGGUGGGCAAAGUAAGCAGUUGUCUGAAAAGAGCUUGCAGAAACAAUGGGUAGUGGAGACAGGGAGUUAAAGAAAAAGGGAAACAAAUAAAAAAGGAAUAGUUGUGUUUGUGCAUGCAAACAAAAUGCUAUGUCCUAAAAACAGGAAGGACAGAAUGUUCUUAAUGGGAAUGUGGUGGGCAGGUGAAGGAAUAAGCAAGUAGAGGAGAGGUUUGCUGGGUCGGACUCCAGAACUUGAUGGAAAAUCUUUUAAUUGUGAUCCCUGCUGUCACUGAGACAUUAUGACCUUGUAAACUAAGGGGGCAAUGAGAGCCCCAAAGCAUUGUGCUAGCUGCGUGGGGUUUUUUUAAACUAACCAGCCAGUUCUUUUGUUCAGGCUUCUAGUUUCCUAUAAGGAUGAUCAAACUCUCUUCUCCCCGAUUUGCAAAAUUCGUGCACACACAAAUGUGCAUACAGCUACAAAUUGGUUUUGAAAAUCAGAUAAGGCCUUUAAUUAGUUUGUCUUAAUGUCUCAGUGUCUCCCUUCCCUUUUGUACAGUGUCAUGCUCCUUGUCUUGGCUAUCGUACAUCCAGGGCCUUGAGAGAUUUCUUGAUAAGCACUGAUCAAGAGAGGUGGGUGGGAAUCAGAUUUGAUCCACAAUGUCAUUACUUUCUUUCGCUGCGUCAGUGCUGAAGGCUAAUUUGAUUGUACUGGUACUGAAAGAAAGAACUUGAUAAGCUUGUAAUGGUCAUUGCAAAGCUUAGGAACAUACUGAACAGAAUCAGUAAGGACCAAGUAAAAUGUUCAUUUAAUUGUGUCAUAUACUUUCCAGCGCCGGGGUCUCCCCCAUGCCCCACACAAAUAGCUCACGUGGGUAUUCAGUCUGUAUUGGGCCCUAUCAUGAAGGAGGAAGGCUUAAGUCUUUGGCUAGAUUGAACUUGGCUGCAUGCCUGUUUUAUUUCUUAGUGGCCUUGCUUAGGCUCCAAUUCUGCAACCACCAAGUUCACUAUAAGAGGGUGUAAUUAAAUGGUAAUUGUCAUGACCUGUCCCAGAUAUGGAAGGCAGUUAACUCUAUUGGCAAGAGAAGCACUUACAGCAGCUUCCAUGGUGAUCUGUGGGAUAUACACAUGUGCAUGCUUCUAGCCUCUGUCCACAGCUCUGAGCCCUAUGGAGCAGUUGCAAUAACAGUAGGGCCCCUCCCCUCCUCCAGCUUAUUUACCCUCCUCUGAUGGGUUGUGUGUCUGCAACCUGAGAUUUCUCCUGGGUGGAAGUUGUCACUGCUCUUUAUUUGUGUCAGACAGAAUCAUAUUAAAAGGUAAAUUUGAAGUCAUUCUAAGAGCCUAAUCAGAUCUUCAAUUUUUUUAAUAUAUAUAUGCGUAUGCUACAUAUGUAUUCUAUAAAAAGUGCAGAUUUUGAACACCUAGGAUGAAUUUACUGACCUGGAUUUUCUCAUACGCUCAUAGUUAAUUCUGCAUUUAAGAGUUUUGAUUUAUUACGGCUGCUACUGCGGCAUAGUUAUUAAACUCACAACAGCUGGAAUUGGGAGGCAAAUAUUCAAUUACUGCUGAAGACAGAAGCUAUCUUUCCCCUACUCUCAAGCACUCUUAGAACAUGCAAAUAUAUCAACUCAAAAAUGUAAAUUUAGGGUUUGUAUUUAAUCCAAAGUAGAUCUCCUACUAUAAAAUGUAAACUCCGAGGAAGGAAAAUAAGCCUGAAUGUAAAUCACUAAGAAAUGAGGAAGGUGAGAUUGCAAUACUUCCAUCUACCCCAAAUCUUGAACCCUAGGUGAUAUGAACCAGAUCCCUAUAGCACCUACUUAGAGGAAAUAAUUGUGGAUACUUUAGUUCACACAUAAAACCAGCAUCUCAAGUAGCUUGAAUAUUGCUCAGCAGAUCCAGUAAGUCAAAUUUAUGCCACCUGAACACCUUGGGAAUCAACUACUUGUGAGAAUGAUAUGAACCCUAUAUAGGCACUUGUGGAUAUACAAAACAUGUAUUGUUAAUCUGUUAUUACCCUCUGCAUACUACUGCACUGAACCUUCUGAUAUUGACUUACCUUCUGUUCUAUUAUGAAUAUAUUUGUUGUAUCUUCAAGAAUACUAAGUCAGUGCCAUACAUUUAGAGCUAGUAUAAGUAACCAAAUCACUCCUACAAUGCAGAAAGAAAUAUCAUUUAAAUAUACCUGUGAUUCUAUAUGUACUUUAGCACUAAGCAUAUGUUUAUAGUUUUAAAUCUGCUCAUUGGGUGUGGAUAGUUUUUUGUAGAUACCUUAACAGUUUCCAUCGCUGAAGAAACAAGCUGUUUUCCCCAAACUGAACAGUGGAGUAACACUUCAGCGAUGGAAGCUGUUUGUGGCAACAUAAAAGUUCCUGACUGUUUGCCCGCUGUGCUUAUAGCUCCUUUGGAUUGUGGCUUUUAUAGAUAAAUCUCAAUGCUGAAUUGAGAGAGGCACUUAAAAAGAGCAUAAAUGCAGAAUGCACAGCAGUGUGAAAAUAUUGUUUUUCUUGGCAUGCUGGAGGCCGGGACAAUUAUUAGAGAUUUGUUUCUGUUCUUCUGUGAAUAAGUACAGCCUUUAAGGAAAGUCAGCAGUGGAUACCCAUUUUGCUUGUUUGCUUUGAAGACUUUUGGAAGUUUAUUUUUGUGACUUUUUCCUACCAUGAACAAAUGCUUUGACUUUUAAAAAAUUUCCAGGCACCUGGCUGCAUUGCUUUCCUCUGAAAAUGCUACAUAGCUGGAGUCUUGCUUAGCAAAUGAAGCAUGAGAUCUUGAGCAACUAGCACAUUUUCUGUUCAGUCUUGCAGUAGCGAGUGGCUAAGCUUUCCAUAUAAAUCACUUGGUACUCAGUGAAUUUAUGUGUAGUUUAUUUUGUGGAUUAUAUUUCUAUACAAUUUAGUUGCGGGUGUAUCAAGCUACACAGCUUUUAUUGUUGACAUUUUUCAUUAUGGCAGCGACCAUGAACAAUGUCAGCCAUCUACCAGUAACAAUGCUUAUCAAUGUUUUACAUAGCAUGUCUGAAGUACUCUAUGCAAUUCACCUUAAAGCCCUGCAUUAUAGACCAGUAUUGUGCCCAUUCUACAGAUGGAGGCUGAGCCCAUAGUGGCUUGGUUAAGAUUACUGCAAACAUUUGUAUCUGAGAAUAGAGUUCAGAUGGGGAUAUCGCAUUUACUUAGCCACUACAUCAUACUAGCCUCCUUUUUUUCUUGAUCAAACAUUACAAGAAAAGUGUUCAUGGUCACCACCAGUUGGAAGAGUUAACCUUUUGUAUCACCAUUGUAUGCUGGCAACUGCUGUCCUCUAAAAAAAUAUCGAUCAUAGUUGAAUUGCCUCCAGAAUAAUAAUUGCUGUUAUGAUUUAUUUGUUUAUUUUAUGCAGCCAAAUAAAAAAUCAAUAGGGGCAGGAGACACAUAAGUAUACCAAGUUUGUGAUUUAAUAAUGGAUGCCUCCAGUACAAACUGCAUCCUACAUUUUUAUACGCUCAGAAACCCAAUUCAGCAUGUUUCAUUCAAGCUAUUUAUCAAGCAAUGGGCUGAAGUAUAUGCGUAUUGGAUGGAUAAUGCAUCCGAAAUUGAUUCUAUAUUUAUUAAAGAUUGUGAAUGCACACAAAAUAGCCAGUAAGUAUAACAGCAUCUAGUGUUCUCAUAAAUCAUUGUCAUACUGCACAAGAAACAAGAGAGGCUACAAAGUUUUAUUCAGGGGGUAGGUACUGAGCUGUGUUGAUUAUGUUUAUAAUUUAAACUGUAUAGACAUACCCUACAACUUUCUGCAGCCAACUGCAAAGCUAUGCAGUGCUUUUUAUUUUCCAUUGUUUGUGACUGAAAAGCCUAAGAAGGUUUGCUAACACUUUCAAGGCCACACCAUACCCAAAUUCAUAAACAGCUGCCAGUUUCCACCUUGCAACAUUUUCUCUUAAUGAGGAACAAAUGCCUUAUAAUCGCUUGCUCUUUUUAGGGAGCUACAGGGAAUUGGUUCACUUACCAGGUCUUUCAGAUUUAUCCACCAGACUUUUGCUUGUUUUUUUGUUUUUGUUUUUUAAACUAUUCAAAACAUCACCAUCCCAGGGAAAAUCUAGAUUCGUAAAACGUUGGCUAGAACAAGAGAAUUUUUUCCCCCAAGCAUGAAUAGAGACUGUGGCACCACAUCUCUCUUCUUCACAGACAAGUGACAUUUGAUAUAUUGUUCACAGCUAUCUCCCACAAGCUAGCACAUUGCUAUAGAUCCACACUUCUUUACUCCAGAUUGUGUAUUGCUAAGAAUUCCAUGUUCACACUAUAAUAUUUGUGUGGGGGGAGAAUGCAGUUUUCCUUCUGCCAGUGCUUGCCAGGCUAUUUGGAGUGCCCUGUGACAUCACAGGUUAUUAAUCCAACAUGACUGAGAUGGACAAGUGACACAGUCCUCUUUUCUGGUCUUAGCACCUUAUAUAUUCAUUUAAAAUUGGGUGGAACUCAAGGGAGUGCUAAGGAAAUUGCUUCGGCAGUGCAGUCAUUUCCAUUUGUCUGACAAUGGAGCUCCUUCCUCCUCUCAUGUCCUGUUUUGGGAGAUCUCCUGCUGCCCCUUGCCAAAUUGGGGGUAUGCCCAGGGAAAGGAGAUAGGAGAGAAGCCAUUUUGUGCUAGUGGAACUUGUUGCACUGUAUCCCACUGGUAUUCAGUUGAAUCUGGCCCAUUAAGUUUUCCUGCAUCUGACACAAACUCUCAUGAAGGUUUAUUUUCCCAGUUGGUGGUGGUGAGAUGUAAAUGCGAGGCAAAGCUUGGCAAACAAAAUAAAAGGUAUUCAAUAUGCUUAGCAUUACACCACCAUGUUCUGAAUGCUACCUUUCUCCCUUCCCUUGAAAUAAUUUCUCUUUCAGCUCUGCAUUUCUGAAUCACAACACUGUAUCUGCCUUGUUGUUCUGGUUUGUUUGUUUGUUUGUUUGUUUGUUUUAAUUAGGGGGAAGGAGCAUGGAAGCCCAAAGCUUACUGUGACUCACGCAUGCCGCUCUAAACAAUUAUUUUGUGUGAUGUGUGAAUGUUACCAGAAAGACAGGGAGAAAGAGAAUUGUUUUUAAAUUUACUGAUAAUGCAGCAUGACAGUGAUACAAGAAUAUGAAAAUUCCUAGCAGAUGUCAAUUUGGAAGCAAAAGGUAAAGUAUUUGGGGAGUUGCCAAUCCAUAUUUCCGUGUAUGCUUUUUAAAAAUAAAGGAAAAUGCAGUCAUGGCACAAUGAGAAGUUUUCAGUGACCAUAAUCUUUCUUGUGAGUUGAAGAAAGUUUUAUCAAUCAGAUUAAAAACCCUGAAUGUUCAAAACAAUCCCUCCUGUUGGAAAAAGAAUGGCAGCUGUGGUGCAUAUAAGCAGGCAAGAUCUGACCAUGGCCUAGUUUUGAGGCAGUGCCAAUAACUUUUUUCAGUUUCAUGCAUGCAGAAACUGGUGCUUGGAGUGUGUGCUUUUGACAUUUUCAAGGGUGCUUGGAUUGAUGGUGUCUUCAUCUCUCCGUUCCCACUCAAAAUGUGACAUCAAAAACCUUCACAUUUCUGAACGUUCAUUGUUCUGUAAUAGAUCAGAUUAUACUGAAAAUGUUCUAAUAUGCAAAAAUGAUCAUGUAAACGCAGAACCCAAGAACACCCCCCCCCAAUACAGUGGUACCUCAGGUUACAUACGCUUCAGGUUACAGACUCCGCUAACCCAGAAAAAGUGCUUCAGGUUAAGAACUUUGCUUCAGGUUGAGAACAGAGAUCAUGCUCCGGCAGCAGGAGGCCCCAUUAGCUAAAGUGGUGCUUCAGGUUAAGAACAGUUUCAGGUUAAGUACGGACCUCCGGAACGAAUUAAGUACUUAACCUGAGGUACCACUGUAUAUAGCAGAGAGGGUGCCUAUAGUGCAGGAUUUGUACAUGAGUAGAAAUUUUAAGUACAACUGUUCACAUUAAAAAGAUACUGUUACAUCUAAAUUGCUCCUCUGAUGGUUUUGUGGUCUGUACCAAUUUUGCAGCAAUCUAAGGUCUGCUACAGCUUACCUUUAUCUUUAAUGAUUCUUAUGAGGUUGUGUGUGAUUCGGUUGCUAAUAGAAUUGUUGAGGAUCUAGGCCUUAAUUUUUAUUACAAGGGUUUUAUUUGAUCUUUGGGAAAAAUCAAUGAAAACCAAGUAUCCAUUUGAUUUUGGGCGCCUGCAAAUCUUAUUUUUCUUAUUUUCUGGUGGUUCCCGCCCCCGCCCCCCAAGAAUGUAGUGGAAACACAGGUGAGUGUACUGAAAACAAAUGGCACUCCCUCCUUCUUACUCACCCACCCUAACCCACAACAAUCUUAAAUAGCACCAACCAGUCCAAUUUGUCUGAGGUGCUUUUCACAAGCACAGAUGCCACUGUAGAGAAAAUGCUAUCAAUAAUGGGUGACAUCUGGAGUGUGGGCAAAAGCAUUAACGCAAGAAGAUUUUCAUGGUGAGAGGACCCCUCUUCUGAAAACAACUUAUCCAUAGCCUUCUGCAAAACUAGGGGAGGAAUCUUUUGAUAAACAGGCUUUUGCUUUAACAAAAGUCUAUAGAAGUACCGUACUGGCCCGAAUAUAAGCCACACCUUUAAAAUUAAAGGGGGGAAAAGACAAUACCUGAGGAGGAGCGGGGGCUGAGGGAGGCCACGGAGGCAGCGCCUUUACUCCACUGCUGGUGGCAACAGCGGUGGGCAGCAGGGCUUCCAGAGGGUCAGCACCACCAUGCCCCCCCCCGAUGGGAUGGGCAGAGAGAGGCAGCAGCUGGUGGGACUCACGUGCCCCUCGUUGGGCUACAGCCAGGCAGCACCUUGGACUAGCACCAGUCCCAGCACACUGACUGCAUCUCCUGUUCCUCCUCCUAGCAGACCUCCUCACUCUCUCAUCUGCGCUCCUCCCUCCCUUCCUCCUCCUUGUCACCUUCUGGCUCCCUGCCCUCACUGCGACGUCAUUUUGGGAGCUGGGCCAGCCAAAACCAAGCAACAUCUGGGGACAAGCCCUCUCUAAGCCAAUUUUUGUAAGGUCACAAAUAUAAGCCGCACUUUAACUUUUCAUGGUCAGAAUUUGGGGGAAAGUGUGGCUUAUAUUCGGGUCAAUACGGUAUUAAGAAGAAAUUGGUAGGGCCCUUCUACUUUCAUUUACUGUGUUAAACUUGAUGGGUGGGUGAGUGUGUCACAUUUUUCAGCAUGCUGCCAUACAAUGUCAUCAUUAUUCAGCUAAUAUUUUGGAAUAAUUCGCUGAAAAAAUACUUUUAUUCUACCACAAGCAAUCAAUAUUUUGGGAAAGAUUUGGAAUGGUUUUAUGUUGUCCCUGUUUCUUUGUGGAGGGGUUGAUGUGCAUGGCUUGGGAGACAUUUUGCAUUACCUCCCUCUGACAGGGGCGAGCUGUCCAUUUUCAAGCUCGGUUCAAAAGAAAGAUCUGGCAGAUAGAGCCCAAAGUAGUGUGCUUGACAGUGAUCAUUAGCUACAGACAGAAUUCAUCACAAUAGCCAGGUUCACCAUAGAUAUGUAACCUCUGAUGCUCCCACAAUAUUCCUGAAUACUAGGUGUUAAAAAAAGACACCCCCCCAAAAAAAAAGAGCUGUGAAAGGGCUCAUGCUCAUCAUUCUGAGAUUUACUGGCUGGAGGAACAUGGCGGUACAUAAGGAGUAUGACUACAGCCAUGGAUUUUUUCUCAAUUCAGGCGCAACCCAACAUUAGUGUGGAAAGAAAAACUCCAUACUCACUAUGUAAUAGGAGUAACAUGUGACCACAAGUGGAGACAAUCAGCAACAAAUUUGCUCUUUGACACACCAGAUGAAAUGGCAGCUAUACCACUAUAAGUGGUCAGUGCAGAAAGGUUCAUAGAGAAAGGUAGCACAUGAUUUUGCUUUGUAAGGAUGGAUAGCCAUCUGGCAACUCUUGAUGUCUGUUACUACCACUGUUGUCAUGACUCUGACAACGAUUCAAAAUGGGCUUCAAAAUUUAAGAGAAUUCAAAUGUUUGUGUUCAACUGAUUAGUAACGUCUUAGGAAGGCUUUUGGGGAUCUUCUGUUUCAACAAGCAACUCUAACUUUUCAUCACAGAAAUUUAUUUGAUGUGGUCACUCCAAUUCAAACACACAUAUCUGAGAGAGCCUAGCCAUGACUUAGUGCAAAUGUGUGAGUAUGAGGACUUCCGGAGUCCUGCUACUGCUGCACCACUGUCAGCUAAAUUAUGGCUUGACUUUGAGUAUUGUUCAAACCCAAGCUGGUGGUUUCUUCCAGACAAGCCUUGAGCUGUAAAUCAAUAAAAAAAAGUUAAUUACAGCCUAUGGUUUGUCUGGAGAAAGUCUUUCUGAAAUGUGUCAGAUGCCUGCAAGUUGCAUCCACUUCUACCAAAAAAAGUUUUAAAAAUUCACUUUCUAAAAAAUAAUAUCUAAACGUCCCAUGCAUGAAAACCCCUGUCUUCUCCAAGAUCACUGAAACUCAAUCUAUGUUUCUUUUCCUUUUUUAAAAAAUGAUAUUUAUUGAGAAUUUAAAAUUACAGAGAAAAAAAAGGAAAAGGAAAAAAGGUAAACAAAAAGAGAAAUUAAACAAUACAAGUCAGUAAAAAGAAAAGAAAAAAAAGAAAAAACAAAACACACAAUACAUCAAAACCAAAACCAAAAAUAAAUUUUUUUAAAAACAAAUCCAAUAUUCCCAAAUCUUUAUCUUUCGUUAACUUGUUUCAUCAACCUCCUCACACCUCCCUUUUUUGUAUUCUAGUUAUUAAUAAUCUCAGCAAAUCCUUUCAAUCUUUCACUAUAUUCUGUCAUUAAAUUACCUUAAUUUAUUUUAACCUUAUCUUACCAUAAAAAGCCCUAAAGCUUAAAACUUAAAACUUAUUUAUACAUAAUUCCUUUUAACAUUUCUACUAAAGCCAAAUAGUUUCAUUCCAACAUUUUUCUAAUACUCAUUAAUUUUACAAUGAUUUUCUAAAUGAAUUUUUAAAACUUUCUUCCAAUCUUCAUCCAUCGUCUCUUCUUCCUGGUCUCGGGUUUUAUCAGUCCUUUCUAUCCCUUCCAUCUAGUCCAUCAACCUGGUGACCUUCUAUCCGAGGCUCUUAAGUCUUUUCCAUGUCCCUUCUGCAGGUCUUCUUCAUGUUUAUACCUGCACUUUACUUUAUCUUCUGCUGUUCUUAUUCUUAAUUUCCUUCCUUUCUCACUGAGGGGUAGAUCUCGGGGAGACUCCAACUUGACAAUAUCUUUAUCCCUUCUCGACAAGUCAGCCCAUUCUCCAUAGUCAGCACUGAAAUCCAAAAGAUAUUUAAAGGCAUGCUUCAAAGUCCCUCCAAGGUUAAGGGCCCCCACAACUCCAAACUCCCCCUGGCCCAAAACCAGAUCCGAAAAGUCAAAACAUCCCUGCAUAGGGGGAUCUAUCCAACUUCCCAUCUCCAGACCAAACAGUACUCCAUCUCUCCAAAUCUGACUUUCUCCAGGUUCAGUCGUCAGAAACAACAACUUAUGUUCCUGCAAGGCCGCAGCUCUCUCCAUUUCUAUUACUUGAGGUUCAGCAACAACCUCCUCCUUUAUCUUCUUCACAACUUGCCCUGUCAAAGCACAUUCCUGGGUUGAUUCCUGAGUGGUUUCUAUAUAGAUAUUCACUGUUUGUCCAAAAUUGCCAACUGCAACAGUCAUCAAAUCCAUCUUCUCAUGUCAUGUAGCUGUUCCAGUAAAGCACUUGUCUUGCAAAAAGCAAGCACUAAAGCUUCUUCUGGGCACAUUCUUGUUCAAGGUCAGUGUCUGGUUCUCACGAUCUUUAAUCUCUACAGCUGUAGAAUUCCCCAGAUCGACUCCAGCAACAGUUUCACAAGCUCCCUCUAGAGGAAACAAUUUCUGUUUGUAUCCAUCUUUUUAGAAGCAGAUCCAGCAACAAAAUUCCUUUCGUUUUUCAGAUAUUUUGUUCCUUUUAAGUGCAAAAGGGAACAUUGGAAUCAAUAUGUUUCUCUUUUUUAACUAUCUGUCAAAAAACGUUUUAUCCACAGUCAAUGAACUUCCCCUAAGCGUCUGUCUCUGACACCAUCUCAGGUUCCAGACAGUGGUAAUUAUAUACUUUGAAAAUACUAUAAUGGCUGAAGCAGUUGCUUGAAUAAUAAAGUAUUUUGUUGCGGCUUCGGUGGCUCGUGGGUGGUGGUGUUUAGCUAGGAUUGGAAUAAUAGCAAGGGUAUUAAGUUCUAAUCCGAUUCAGGCUAGAAAUCAAUGAUAGCUGGCAGCUGUGAUGAUUGCUCCAAGGGCUAAAUUGCACAUUAAGAUGGAUAUAAUGUAGGGGUUCAUUAGUAAAGGAGGGGUUUGACCAACAUUUUUGGGGUAUGGGCCCAAGAGCUUUAUUAGCUGACUUUACUAGGGGAUAGUAUAGUGGUAGUACGAAGGAUUUUGGAGUCUUAGGUGUGGGUUCAAGUCCCAUUCUUCUAGAGGAGGUGAGGGGGUUUAUAAGUCCCUGUGGUUUACUCUAUCAAAGUAACCCCUAAGUCUCGGGCACACAUCCUGGUGAAAGUUAAUUUAAUGGUGGGAGACCGGCUAGUGAGAUUGGAAAGGAGAUAUAUCAUAAAUAAAGUGCUAGAGUAGCUGGGAGAAAUUGUUUUCAUAGAAGAUGUAUUAGCUGAUCAUAACGAAAUCGUGGGUAGGAGGCUCGGACUCAUAAAAAACCAAUAGUUAGUAGGGUAGUUUUUGUUAUUAAGUUAAUUGUAAAAAGUUCUGUUUGUAAGGUGAUGGUUGGACUAAGAAAUAAGAUGCAUGAUAGUGUGUUUAUCAUUAAAAUGUUUAUAUAUUCAGCUAGAAAAAAAGUGCGAAGGGUCCUGCUGCGUAUUCUACAUUAAAGCCUGAAACAAGUUCUGAUUCGCCCUCUGUUAAGUCGAAGGGUGCUCGGUUUGUUUCUGCUAGGGUUGAUACGUAUCAUAUUAUGGCUAGAGGUCAGGUAGAUAAAAUUAAUCAUGUGUGUUCUUGUGUAAUGAUAAGAGUGGAUAUUGUAAAGGCGCCGGUUAAUAUAAUAAUGGAGAGUAAAAUAAUGCCUAAGGUAACUUCGUAGGAAAUUGUUUGUGCAAUAGCUCGAAGGGCCCCUAUUAGGGCGUAUUUUGAGUUGGAUGCUCAUCCAGAUCAUAAAAUUGUAUAGACUAUUAUACUUGAGAGGGCGAGUAGGAAUAGGAGACCCAGGUUUAUGUCUGCGAGGGGUGGGGUAUGGGUAUAGGGGUUCAUAUUAUAAGGGCUAGUAAGAGGGCUAGGGUUGGGGCUAAAAUAAAAAGUAUCGGGGAUGCAUGUGUUGGGCGAAUAGGUUCUUUAAUAAAUAGUUUAACCCCAUCAGCAAUUGGUUGUAAAAUCCCAAAAGGUCCGACUAUGUUUGGGCCUUUUCGGAGUUGUAUAUAACCUAGGAUUUUUCGUUCAAGUAACGUUAAGAAUGCUACAGCAAUAAGGAUGGGGAUGAUGUAUGAGAUUGGGCUAAUAAUAUGUGUUAUAAGUUUCUGCAUUAUUAAGAAGGGAAUUUGCUUCCCUGUAGAAAGAUUUUAGGUCUUUUGCAUUGCUUGACUCUGCCACCUUAAUAAACCUGAUUUUGAUUUAGGAGAAAAGCAUAAUAACUACUUUAGUAGAAGUCAGUAGUUUAUUUUGGGACGUUUAUUUAGUAUAGGUCCCACUAUUUUGGUCCUUUCGUACUAAAAAUAGUGCUGCAUAGAUAGAAACCGACCUGGAUUUCUCCGGUCUGAACUCAGAUCACGUAGGACUUUAAUCGUUGAACAAACGAACCUUUUAUAGCGGCUGCACUAUAGGGGUGUCCUGAAGGGUACAGACUCUUACUGAAGCUGUUAUUGUAGUUAUUUUCUUUAUAAAGUGAAGGAGCAUAAAGCAGAUGGUGGGGGACGCAAUAGUGAAUAGAAUAAAAUGGAAUAAAAUAAAUUCACAUUAAGCAAUGUGGGUUUGACUUCAGUGAUACAGUAAUCCCUGAGCUAUUUAAAUUAUAUCACUCUUGUAGUUGAAAAGGUUAGCUAAUGAAUCACUAUAAAACUGCUGUAGAUUUUUUCAGAAGCAUUUUUGCUAGCUCAUCAUGUUGUGUUAAAACCCAGGUCAGUUUGAUGCAGGCUAUUGAUUAUGUGCAAAACGGCUCUCAGGUGAAGUGCACACAUAGAGAUGGUUUCUGCAACUAUUCUAGAAGAAUGGAGACAUAGAGCAUUAGCAGAGUUUGCUAGUUUGGUAUAACUUGGCCUAGUUGUCACAGUGAGAAGAGAUAGCGAGGGACAAAUGGUUUUACUUCGUUCUGCUGCCAUGGACUGGUCUAGCCUCAUUGACUUAAAGUCUGCACCUACUGUCAGAAGAUAUAAAAGUCUGUACCUACUGUCAGAAGAUACUAUUCCGCUCAUAUACGGAUUACCAAAAUAUGAGAAUCUAUUCUUGCUCAGAGAACUUUAAAGAUUCUCUAAGCAAGAGUGGAAACCAUAUGUUUUGUAAUAUAGACCAAGUUAAAGUUGAGAGUGAGGUUUGGAUUGUCUGUGACUGACCCCAAAGGAGGGUGGGUGACCAAUCAGAUUGAUGGAAUCUGAGGGACUUUUGAAGACUGGUGGAUUUUCCAGGUGGCAUGACUGAUGUUCCUGCCAAGGCCCUAGUUUCACUACAGAAUAGUGAGAUGCAUGGGGCCAUUGACAGGAUCACUCCUAAGCGCCACCUCCAGCCAUGGGGGGCAGGAGCUCAAAGCAAUGAAGCAAGCUGUAUACUGGCUGGUGCAAGUUCCCACUGCAAAUCUGACCCAAAAGAAGUACAAACAUGUAGCCAAUCCUUAACAUCUCAGUGGUGGCAGCAAACAGAUUAUAUCUCUCAGCCUCUAUGACAUCCUUGGUGAAUCAGCCAGCAGAGCUGCUUAGAGUAGUAAACUGACUAGUCCAGACGAGUGUUAUAUCAGUUACUACAAAUCAGUGAGAGAUUUGUGGAUCACUUUGAGGUCAAAAUCACGUGGGUCUUUUUUUAUUAUAAAGAGAUAACCGGUAGCAUUUCACUAAGCAUCAAUGGGAGCAACAGGUUUUUCCACCUUCUGCCAUCCCUGGGUAGAAAAAUUAUACAUUUUAGAUUUUUAGCUUGUUGUUUGUUCUAAAAAAAAAUGUUGGCAAGGGAAAGAAGAGGACAAAAAAGAGAUUCUCAGAGAAAAUAUUCAAUUCUGGAACUGCUUUGGUAUGGAGCUACUCUUAUUAACUUCCAAACACUGCCUGAAAAUGUUUUGAGUAACAUUCACCUUUAAAGUCUAAUCUAUGAAAUUUGCACUUUCCAAUACAAUGAGAACUGAAACACGGCCAUUCUUCAAUAGUUACACAUCUGAAUUUUGCAGCUAUCCGGCCAAACAAUGCUUACAAGUAUGCAUAUCUUAGAUCCAUCCUCCCAUUGGCUACCACAUCCCACACAGCAAAUGUUUUGCCUCAAGGCAGUCAGGGGGAGUGUCAUUCCUGACCUCUUUGGUUUAUAGUGAGAUGACAGAAACAAAGUAUUUGCUUCCUUCCAUAUGGCUCUUUGUUCAAUUAAAAUCACAGUCCUUUUUGGGGUGUUUUAGCUCUGUCUGAGUACUAAUUGGUGCCCAGGACUUCAAUUAAAAGAGGAUUUAAGUUAAAAAGCACUCUUCAUGCCUGUGUAGAAACUCAUUUUGCAUUCUGAACUGCAUUGGAAUUGUUUAGGUUGUAAUACUGCUUCAUAUUUGAGCCCAGCUUUAGAAGAAGAAGGAGGAGGAGGAGGAGGAGGAUAAAAUUUUAUUUAUAUCCUGCCCUCCCCAGCCAAAGCCAGGCUCAGAGCGGCUAACAACAGUAAAAGUAGCACAAUUUACAUAAAAUCACGGUCAAUUAACUGAAAUACAUUCUAAAAUCAAUUCAUGUGCUGUGGUUUGUAUGUCUAUGCCAGGAAAUGUGAAACUUGGCAGCAUUUCUGGCUGUUUGCAUGACCACCUACAUGCAGUAGGCCUGUUAAAAUGUAGGAGAGCAGCCACUACUUGCCUCCUGACAUUCAGGAAGAAUCCCCAAUGUGUUGCCUGGUUUUAUGGAGUCCCUUGUGUACCUUUUCCUUGACUGAGACCUAGUAUCUGGGUAAGUUGUUGCUGCUUCUGCUGUCUUUUCAUGUUCUGAUGAUAUUUGCAAUAGUCUUCUCUUCCCUGUCUGUGCUCAACAUAUACGUGACAUUAAUCAUGUACUUUUGUCAUGAGUACAACCCCUUUCCUUUGCCAGCAAGGGGCCCCUGCUCUGAAUUGAGACCCUGUUGUUAUAUUAAUAUUAUAUAUUUAUUUAUACCCUGCCUCUUUCUCUGAUAGAUGUUCAAGGUGGCUUACAGAGAAAAAUAAAAACAGCUAAAAACAUUGGGAGGGGGGAAUUAAAAAACAACAACAAUUAAACAUAUACAGGCAUGCUAUUAAAACUAUACAAAUAAUUGCAAUAAAAACAGCACGGCACCAUAUCUUUCAUUAAAAGAAAUCAGUUCCCCAAAAGCCUGUUGGAAUAAGAAAGUGUUCACCUGCUAGUGGAAGGACUAACUUCUAGCCAGUCUAACUUUUCUAGGGAGACGGUUUCAGAGUCUCAAUGCACAUCCUGAUAGUGUCAAAAGUACACAGCUGGACUCCACGAGCACAUGCAAUAGUUUACAAAAUAUGCACUGGGGCAAUUUCGGAACAGAAAGCUCACUAGCACAACGAUUGCCUGCAUUUAUGUGGGGGGUGCGGUGGGGAACCAACUUACAAAUUAUAUUAAUGGGAGGGCAACCUAAGUGCCAUUUUCAUUCUAAGAAUCUUGGUAAUCUGUUCCUGCUUCUUGUACCUAUUCUCUUUCCACAAGGGUAUAUUUAAGACAAUGGUCACAAUACAAAUGUUUACUAACCUGCCAGAACUUAAUGCACUAUUCUACAGUCUGUAGAAGAAAGAUAAAAGAUGUGGAGCUAAAUAGUGGUACUCUGCCUCCUCCCAUGCUUGUUCAAUGCAGCAGCAGUGUUGUUUGGAAGCCAGGAAUUCAAUAACGCAUUUGAUAUUUAGAUUACACCCCCCCUUUUUUCUUUGCAUAUAUAGCUUCAGGAUGUUGCUCAUUUCAUUUUUAUCAGUUUGCCUUUGGUGGUGCUGUCAGUUCACAGUAAUGGACUUUUUAAGCCCAAUCUGCAGCCUGCGGAGGUCAAACACUUCUGCACCAUUUCUCAAAUAAAUGGAAAGAUGGUGCUGCAGGCUGACAUAUCUCUGAAAAGGUGCUCUGUUUUUACUGAAUCUUGCAAGCAGCACUGGAAGCUCCCAAUCACUCCCUUCAGAAGAAAGGAUCAAAGAAUCACCAGGCUUCCUCACUACACAAUCCUGCAUAGUGCAAGCAAUUACCCUACAUCUCAGAAUCAAAUACUGUAAAAUGGGAUUCUCUGUUUAAAUCCAUUGCUUUGCUUUAAUUAGAAAUGCUUCCUACGUGAAUGGAAUCAUUAAGUGAACAUGCUUUUCUAUAACAAGUUUGAGGUAAACUGUGUAGAAAUAAAUUGAAGGAUUUUGGGGGGAUGUUGUGGAAAAGAGCUAUCUGAACAGUCAUAGAUACCUCCCAACGAACAGAUGAACACCCAGCAAAGAAGCAAAAAGGAGUGUCCAAAUUCUGAUUCCUUUUGUGAACAAUCCAAAGGUCUGGAUGGGGGUGAGCCCACAAGGGCCAGAGAUGAGUUCAUGGUAGGUCAUAGCAGGGCCAGAGGCAGGUAUGUAGUCAGGUCAGGCAGGCAACCAGGUUCCCAAAGGCCACAGUCAAGGGGAAGGGAAGGGAGAGACAAAAGUCUCUAGAGUAGGUGCUCUGAAUAGCUGAGGAUUUUGUAAUGGCUUUUAGUCAAACACAAUAAAUGAUUGCUUGGUUGAAUAUCUGAGGAAGGAACAAAAACUGAGGCAGUGGUUAUAUAAAACCAGCCCUGCCCCAGUUGCCUCUGUAGAAACCUGGUCUGGCUGGUCUCACAGAUUUGGAAGGGCUAAAAUGAAUUGAAUCACAAUAAGGAAUUCAAGUUGGGGCUGAACUGGGCCACUUUUAUUUAGACAUUAAAUUAAAAUCAGCAGAGGAGGUUGACUAUGGAGCAGGAGGUAACUGAACUGAAUAACUAUAGCCACUGGAUGAACCAGCCUUGCCUAAGGAAUUGGGCAUGGCUCCCUUGUUGUUGUUUAGUCGUUUAGUCCACCUCAGGUGGAUGAGGACAUCUGACCUCCUGACGCAGUGAAAAAAAUCCAGAAGAUUAACCUAUUUAACAACACAGCAGAUCAAGCAUUCCUAGGGUUGCCAUACGUCUGGGUGGAAAUGUCUGUAAUAUCUGAAAAUCUGUCUGCAUGUCAGAAGAGGUAGGUUCUGGCAAUUUCCCUUUAAAAACGCUCAACAACCCCCCCCCCCAAAAAAAAACAAAAAAACUUGGCCAAACCCUUUCCCCCCAGACUUUUGCAUCCUGAUUCUCACUUUUUAAAAUAUGAAAAUCCUAAGCACUCCAUCCUGCUAUUCAGUGUGAAGUAGGCUUCAUUCUUGGGCUCCAUGAUCACUGCAGAUGGUGACAGCAGCCACGAAAUUAAAAGACGCCUGCUCCUUGAGAGAAAGGCGAUGGCAAACAUAGAUAGCGUCUUAAAAAGCAGAGAUAUCACCUUGCCAACAAAGGUCCGUAUAGUUAAAGCCAUGGUUUCCCCAGUAGUGAUGUAUGGAAGUGAGAGCUGGACCAUCAAGAAGGCUGAUCGCCGAAGAAUAGAUGCUUUUGAAUUAUUGUGCUGGAGGAGACUCUUGAGAGUCCCAUGGACUGCAAAAAGAUCAAACCUAUCCAUUCUUAAGGAAAUCAGCCCUGAGUGCUCACUCGAAGGACAGAUCGUGAAGCUGAGGCUCCAAUACUUUGGCCACCUCAUGAGAAGAGAAGAUUUCCUGGAAAAGACCCUGAUGUUGGGAAAGAUGGAGGGCACAAGGAGAAGGGGACGACAGAGGAUGAGAUGGUUGGACAGUGUUCUCGAAGCUACAAACAUGAGUCUGACCAAACUGCGGGAGGCAGUGGAAGACAGGAGUGCCUGGCGUACUCUGGUCCAUGGGGUCAUGAAGAGUCGGACACGACUAAACGACUAAACAACAACAACAACAAGGCAAAAAAACAAAACAAUCUGCAAUCCAAAAUACAAAUAGGAGAAAAAAUCCUGUAUGGCCGCCUAGUGGGAACCCUGAAGCACACUGGGAGACAGAAAGGGAGGCUGCUGCAGCAAAUGGAGAGGCUGGAGAGAAGGCAGAUUGUUCCUUAAGUACGGAUCAAAUCUUGCCUGCCUCCUUGGACUACCUUAGUAAUGUAUGAAUCGGCACCAAUGAUUUUCCCGCUCUGCCUCUCUUGCUCCAAUGGCACGCAAAGGCACCUGGCCAUCUUGGCACCAUCUAGGCUGUUCGGCUGAAUGUUCUCGCUGGGGUGGGGUGGGGGAGAAUCAAUGUGAAACAAAUUUCCCUAAUUUAAAUGUUCAAACAAAAAUUUGAAUUUAUAUUCUUCUGAAUUUGGGGGACCAAUCUACUGAAAGAAGUGAAAUAAUUUUCCCAGAGGAAAGAAAAGGCCACUCUAAAGGAAAAAGUAAUUGCAUGGAGAAAUAUCCCAGAAAUAACUGCACACACACACAGCCCUACACCUGCUCUAGUCCCUGGCAUCCUCUUUUCCCAGUUUCUUUGCUCUGCAGACACCUUUACAUCUCAGUCCAUUGUCAACACUCCCCACAUCUCAUUGGGUUCCUACAUACGUCACUUUUAUCUAUCAUUCUUUUUCCAGGGUGGGUCACCUCUGGACCUCCAUAUGUUGUUGAACUCUAAUCAGCCUCAGGCAGCAUGUCUAAUGGUCAGGGAUGAUGGCAGUUGUACUCCAACAUCUGGAGGGCCAAAGGUGUUGCCACACCUGUUUCCUUCCUUCCUUCCUUCCUUCCUUCCUUCCUUCCUUCCUUUUCUAAUCCAGUUACCGUAAUUUAUCAUCUGUCUAUCAUGUUAGGAGCCAAAUAAGAAGAGGGCAUUGGAGUGUGUAUGUGCAUGUGUGAACACACAUGUAUGUGUAGUAUCAUAGACUGAUUUUGAAUGUUCUAUCUCUGAGGUUGUGGCUCCUCCACUCUCACACAUUCAUUAUUGUCUCUUAUGCGUUAUUCUUGUUUAUAAAAGUUAUCCAUUUCUCCGGCUGAAAUCCCACACACACACUCCACUUCAUUUAGAUUCCUUAUAGUAAGCUGCAUGAAAGUCAAUUUAUCUUUCUCUUGUAUGAUUGAAGGGCUGGGCAACCCUUCCUGGAUUUUAGCAAAUUCACCAUUUCAUGUCAUAUAAAGCAAACUCCUACUCUGCUGAAAAACAAUUUGCAUAACUCACAAUACCAACACUGCUAACGAAAACACAGUAGGUUGUUCAAAGAUAUUUAUUUGCCCUUCACUGCUGUUUCCUCCCCACGCACCCUCCCCUGUGCUAUCAAACCUCUGUAAAGAGCCAUCAUUUAAUAGGAAAUGGGAAAUAGCUCAUUUUGGCAAUCAGCCCUGUCAUCGUCCAGAGAAGCACAAUGCAGUUUUGUUUUUUAGUUGUUUUGUUUUGGGGAGGAGAAAUUAUUCCUAUAUAAAAUGUCCUGAAGAUGGGCUCGGCAUAGUUUGAUUUACUCUAUUCAUUAAGGGAAAGCAGACUCAAAUUUAUCUUGAUCAAAACAAAUAACGCCUUCCAGACAGUGGGUAAAAUGUCUAGAUUGGCAUUGAUUGUGGGAAAUAAUUUUCUGAAAGAGAACGUGAUUCUCCUUGCAUAAACAAACACUAUGCCCCCACUUCUUAAUAUCCGGGAGAAGACACUGGUUAAUUUGUACUGAGCCUUCCUGCAUAAUGGUGUUGUUUUUUCUCCCACUGAACAGUACGUUGCUUGCUAUUUAAUAUUAGAUAUUAACUGUAUGGUCAAAACAAGGGCCUGGUAACAUUUCUUUUGGUCGGAGCUACUUUCAUUCAACUCUCAUGCAGCAGUGCCAACUAUUUGUGACAGAAACUUUCAAAACAUCACAGAGUCUAGUUUGCUCAUGUAAACAUGAGCAAACUGUUACAACAAGAAGACGCUAAGCAUCAAAUCUGCAAUCUCCGUCCUGACAUGUUACAGUUCAGAAAGGGCCAUGUCAUUUGCUGAUGCUUUAUAUGAGAAUAGGUUCUGGUGUAUUAUUAUAGAAAUGGCGGCAUUUGACACAUUGAAGGGGAAGCACAACCAAUCAGUGGAGCUCUUUAUGUUUAGCAGAAAGAUGUGAAUUGGUUCACUUACUGAAUUAGAUAAUACUGAUGAACACCAGUGGGACAAUCUCACAGGUUUUAAUUAGGGUUUUCUUCUGCCGUGGACCCUAAUGCUUGCCAUGGUCCCACAUGGCCCUUCCCUUCUGUCUUGCUAGGUGUUUAUACCAGAUUUAAAUAUUGUUAAUGAGUUAAUAAAGGAAAUACAGUCACACAUUAAUAUGGUCACCAAGAUUUUGCAUGUUUUGCUUAUGGUUCCUAUCAGCUGGGAUGCUGAAAUUACUAGGAACUGAAGCAAGCAAUAAUGUCAUAGACCAAGAACAGAUUUUAGUUAUUAAAUGUGCUUAAUGAGAAGAGGACGCAAACACUUCACUGCUCUUGUAUAUUACCCAAAUUACCUUGGUGAUUCAUUUAUUUUGGAUUUAAUGAGACAUUUUCACUAAAUCUAAGGGCUAUGUUUAGUGUUAACAAUUACUGUAUUUUAAAGAGAAAGUGGUUAUUAAAAAUAAACCCCUGGCUAUUUGAGCAGUUAUGUUUCAUAUGCUUAACUUGGUGGUUAAGUAUAAAAUAUAUUUUCUAUUAAUAUAAAAAACAUUUAAUGAAUGCCUUCGUAAUGUCUGGACCUGGUUACUGUGUGGAUUAUUGCUGUGACAGACUGUGAAUGGGGAUGCUUUUAAAGACAAUUCAAGUAGCCUACAGAUGAGGAAAAUAAUAAAGUUGCAUCUCCAAAAAGGGUGGAUGAACAGAAUCCUAUUAAAGUGGUGUUUAAUUCUGCCCUACCUUCCAGUAGUUUUGCAUGCAGAUCAAUGUUGUGGUCCCUAGUAGGCUUUGACCUGACAUACCCUGCAGGCAGUCUGUGACAGCAUUUGCUACAUGAAUGUGCACAUAUCCCAUAAUAAUGUCUUAUACUUGUCAUAAAUAAGACAUAUAGGGGUUGUGGGAGGGAGGAAACUCAUGACUGAGAUGUGUUGAGUAUAACAUUUGGAUUGGGUCUCAGAGAACAUCCACUUCCUUUUUCCUUAACUGAUCACUGUAUUGUGUGACUUGUCCAGGACAAUUGCUUUCUUUAAACUUAUUCCUAGACAGUGAGACAGCAAAUGCCUUCAGAACAAGAUCACAGGUGCCUCGCUGCAAUCUUUGUUCAAGCCUGACUGAAGGUUUACGAUCAUUCAUCAGUGUAGAAAUCAAAUCCAGGCCUAAGUAAAUUUUGCUUGACCAAACCAUCAGGGCUCUCACUCACAUGAUGAUUCUGUAGGUCAGUGGGCAACUGGCUAUAUCAUGUAAUGUGGUAAAUUUAAACAAUGACAGAGGUUUGAAUAAAGGAGGGAUGAAGAACACUGAAAGGAAAAAGUGACAAUUUAAAAAAAUGUCAGAGGUUUGAGGGAGCAUGCAAAAGGUGACACUGAGUAGCAGGGAGUGGAAGUUUAAAACAAGGCUUGUGUACAGCAAGAAGGGAACUUGGGAAGGCUCUGUUGUGUUAGUUUCUUGGUGUUAGCUUCUGUCUUGUGCCCAUCAUGAGUCUUGAAGAUAGGGCAGGUUAGAAGUGCAAAACAGUAGUUGAAAAAUAAGUAGUGAAAAAUAAGCUGGACUGUAUCUUCCUCUGAAUUAUCAUUAUCAUCAACCUAUUAUUAUGAAUACAAUGUUAUAAUUAGUUGAACAGCCAGAUUAUUUGCCCAACCUGAACACAGGUUAAAUGUGCUUUGCAAACUGCAAGAGAAUGAAUAUCAUCAGUAUUAAUCAAGAUGCAAAACAAUGCCUGUCACUGCAAUGUGGUCAGAGCUCAGUAACACCAAAUAACACUCCAACAAUAAACAACAAUGUUCAUUUGCUCUUCGCAACAGGUUCCCAUGAGUGCCCUUGAUAAAUUUAACCUGUCAUCUUGUGAGGUUUGUUGAGUAUUGCUUUAAUAAGUAAAUAUGACAUCAUUAUUCAUCAUGCUGUCAGCAAGCUUCUACACUGAUCACUGGUAUACCUGUGCCAUGGGGAUGGGCAAGGAAGGAGGUUAACUGUCCAAAAUGUCUCUUAAAAAGAAAAAGAAAAAGCAUUCAGGCAAAUUCAGUUUUUAAUCAAAAUUGCUCAUGCAUGAGUCAUUCUCAAAGUGUACCUGAGGAUCUUAGAAAUUCCAUAGCUCAGAGGUAAAGCUUUGCAUGCAGAAGGUUCUAAGUUCAAUCUCUGUCAUUUCCAGUUUAUUUAUUUAUUUCUAUUCAGCAUUUCCUGAAGGAGCUCAAUGUGGUGGCAUACACAGUUUUCACCCUCCUCAUUUCCCCCCUCACAGCAGCUCUGUGAGGCAGGUUCAUCUAAGAGACAAUGACUGGACCAAAGUCAUCCAAUUAGCUUCAUGACUAAGUGGGGAUUUGAACCCUGUUCUCCUAGGUCCUAGUCCAAUGUUCUAACUAGACCUCAUGUAAGAACUUUGUGAGCUGCUGGCAAUACUGGGACAGCUAGAUAAAUAGUGUGACAAUUGUGGGAUGUGAUCUAUAAGUAGCAGUCAAGUACAAGAUUCCUUGUUUUCCUAGAGUGGACAUGCGGGGGAAUGUUUGGUCCAGCCAGUCGAAAACUUCCUGUUUCCUUCUGGCUGGGACAUACUUCCUUUGCAUGUGACUAGAGGUGGGCGUGACCUUACCUGCCCAGGUAACAAAAGGGCAAGUAACGCAGCACACUCUCCUCUCCUCUCUUUGACUUCCUCUGUCACUGGGGCAGCUUUUUUUAGCUAGAAAUGCUCUGUUGACUUUCAGUCAACAGAGGACACUGGGAUUAUCCCCAUAUGGGAUAGAUCAACACAUAUGUAACUAAGUGUGGCUUCAGGAAUCCAACUGUGAACUGAUGAUGUGAGUAAACUUCUUUUCUAUACUUAACACAAGUUUGUGGCCUGUUUAUUCUUUUUAAGAGGGAUUAAAAGGGAACUUACCAGGAACACACAAUUCAAUACUGAAUUUUAUGAUAGUGAGAGGCUUAAACAAGACUGCAACCAGCUAUCUGCUGUGCGUUUAAAAGGGGAAUGUAAAACUCUGCUAAGUUAUAGAACUUGCUAGCGCAAGUUAGGAAGGAUAUUAAUAAACAAUAUAUCCUCUCCUGCCUCCCUGAACAUUCCCACCUGGGAUGUGACCUGGGAUAAGGCAGUUUCCUGUUUUUAUAUAGACACUACUAAACUUAAGAACAUAUGAAGGCCCUGAUGGAUCAGGGCAAUGGCUUAUGUAGUCCAGCAUUCUGUUCUCACAGUGGCCAACUAGAUGCCUGUGGGAAACCUGCAAGGAUGAUUCAGGCACAAGAGCACUUUUCCCUCCUGUGAUUUCCAGCAACUGGUAUUCAGAAGCAUUGCUGCUACAAACAUGGAGGGCCUAGUGUAGCUGUUGUGGCUAGUAGCCAUCAAUAGACCUCAAUGAUUUUGUCUGCUCCUCUUUCAAGGCCAUUGGCGGGCACCACCACCUUCUAUGGGAGUAAGCUCCAUAACUAGGGCCCUGCACAAAGAAGUAAAGGUGUCAGUGUUGGUGAAUGUUAAGAUAAAGGUGUUUCUUUAUGGACACUUCCCACUCUCUGUUUGGUACUAAGGUGGAAGUGAUGAAACUGAGUUAACAUAAUUACCUUUGAAGAAGGAGCUAUCCUUUUUUUGUAGGUUCAAAGCAUGAUUCCUUCAGCAGCAAUGGCAGGGACCUUGCGGGUUGCUCAACUGCACUUGCUUGUAGUGUGGAGUGGGCUGGUGGUACAAGAAGCUGUUGCAAACGUUUGUGAAGUGUAACAACUGGGAUAUGCACUCUGUGUAGAUUCAAUGUCCCUCCCCCAUAAUCACCUCCAGAGGUAUCAUAGCCAAAUGAGCAAUGCAUUAGCACAGUAAUUAUCACUGAAUUUAGCACCACCUGCUUUAACAGUGAAUAGAAGUUACCUUCAAACUCAUUCUUAAUUUGAGGUGAAGAGUGUGAUGUUCUUGCCUUAGGCUUACCAUGUCCUUCCCAGGUCUCAGAUUUCUUUCUGUUCACUGUGAAAAUGCAGCCAGCUUUCAGUAUUCCUCUCAAGCUUUCUUUCGGAUUGGUUUAUAAUUAAUCGAGUUAUCCUUCGGAGCGCUGUGAUGCCCUUGACCUCCUCUUCUCUGGCCUGACUAAAUCGAACUGUAGUUCAGAGUCUCUGCAUUUGUCUUUGGAAAGAAAAUCACUUUUUGUGCCAGAUUUCCCACUGUCUCCUGCCUGGAUACUUUGCUCUGGGUUUACAAUAUUGAACACCGGGCCAGAGGAAAAAAUCCAAAUAAAGUAAGAAAGAUGUAAGCUCCCCAAAGCUGAAGUGCAUUGCUGCUGCUUUGAGGCUCCCCUGCUCUAUGCAAAAAAAUUGUAGAAUCAAUCCAUAAGUAUAUUUAAAAAAUGCCCUUGGCACAGCAUAAGACUCAGCAGGUGUAAAGUAACCUAAGGAUGGCUUAGACCCUGGCCCUUGGCAUCAAGAACAAAAGGGACAGUGUAGACUAUAGCUGUGAAAUGCCAGCUCAGACAUGUACCCUUGUUGAGGACAAAGUCAAUUAAUGCAUGGCAGAAAAUCCUUAGUCUCUUCCAGUUUGUGCUGAUUGACUGGCUUUGCAUAGGUGCUCCAAAGAAAUGAGGAGAUGUGCUGAAAGUGUGAAUUCUGAGUUCUCUGUAGAAUAAUAUUGUAGUUCCUCUUCAUUGCCUCAUAGUGCCACAAACACCUGCAUCAAGCAGCUUGAAGCGAUUUAUCAUUGCAGAAGGAGCCACUUUCAGUGGGUAAUAGACAGGAACAAGUUAAAAUGUGUGUGAAACAAGAUGCUGCAUGCUGUCAUUACCUAGGAAUUGUGCAAAGGACACAUGAGGGAUUUCAAAUGUAAACAGUGAAUGGGAAUUAUUUUUUGCAUCGGUCUUAGCAAGCAGAUUUAGUCCAAUAAAACUAAGAAAUGUCUUAUUUACAACUCAGACUUUCAGAGUUUCCAUUAGAAUGCAGACUUAAAUCUGGCUUGAUGUACUGAAUUCAAUUAAUAUUCUGUUUCAAUUGAUAACAUGUUUCCCAUGCAUAAUUUUAGAGGAUGCUAUUAGUAGUUAGAAAUAAAUUUGCAUUACUGCUGCAGUGUGCUUAUCUAAAAGAAUCAAAUGCAUAGGGCUUCGUUUCCAUAUCAUUUACAGCUGCUUGUCAUUGAAUGACUUCACAUAUUUCAUUUUUGAAAUAUGUUUUGAUGUGGGUUUCCUAGGCACUGCAUGCUGCAGUGUGAAAAGUAAUGGGAUGGCAUUUAACAGAAAUUAAUCAAAGAGAAAUGCUCUAGCCCUUUUCUUUUCAUUUCAUUUUUUCCUGAGAGUUAUUGCAUCAAGGUGAAGGAUAUUCCUCUGAUAUUCCUCCUACUGGUUGUGACAGGCAGAAACCUUUCUUCUGCCUCCUCUCCAGGAAGAGGGACAAUCCCUCUCCCCAGACUGACCCUGUCUGUAGUUAAUAGAAUCACAGAAUCAUAGAAUUGUAGAGUUGGAAGAGACCCCAAGGGGCAUCUAGUCCAACCCUUUGCAAUGCAAGAAUCUCAACUAAAGCAUCUAAGACAGUUGGGCACCCAAACUCUGUUUUAAAACCUCCAAGGAAGGAGAGUCUACCACCAAGGAAGGUGUCCGUUCCACUGCUGGACAGCUCUUACUGUCAGAAAGUUCUUCCUGAUGUUUAAUCUCUGCAUAGUCAGAUUACUUCCCACCUCAGCCAACUGGAGUUCAUUUGACUUAUUAAAUGGUCCUUCCCACUAAUAAAAUGGAGCUAUUGAAUUUGGGAGCAAAAUCGCAAGCCACUCCUCCUUAGGCACUCCUAAGUGCCAGUGUGGUGUAGUGUUUAAGAGCAGUAGUCUCGUAAUCUGGGGAACCGGGUUCGCCUCUCCGCUCCUCCACAUGUAGCUGCUGGGUGACCUUCAGCUAGUCACACUUCUCUGAAGUCUCUCAGCCUCACUCACCUCACAGAGUGUUUGUUGUGGGGGAGGAAGGGAAAGGAGAAUGUUAGCCUCUUUGAGACUCCUUCGGGUAGUGAUAAAGUGGGAUAUCAAAUCCAAACUCUUCUUCUUCUUCUUCUUCUUCUUCUUCUUCUUCUUCUUCUUCUUCUUCGGUUCCUGAAGACCCCUAGCCUACAUCUUCCUUGUGAUACAAUCAUCUAGUUUUGAUUGUCUUAUCUAGUGUGAAAAGCUUUCCAGACCAACUUUUUUUUUAAUUGUAAAGAUUACCGGUAUGCACCAAUUUCAUGGUGAUUUCCUCAAAUAAUUAACUCACAAGACCUAAACACAUGUUGCAUCGUGAUGACCUCCUUUUUUUUUAAGGGGAAAUAUAUAUAUACACCUCAGGAGGGAUAGAGAAACAACAGUAGGAGAGAAAGUGCUUAAUCCUUUACUUCUAUGCCUCUUCAUAUUCCACGACAUCCACUUUGCCCAUGUUGGGUUGCUGCCAAAACAUGUUUCAGUACCCUUUGCAGGGCAAAGCAACACAGUGAUGAGUCUUCUCCCUGCUGUUUCUCUGCUCAGAAUCAUUCCUUCCCAAAGUGGUGUUUUAUAGAAAAGAAAUAGGGCCUCCAGGGCUCGAGACAAUGGUUCCUGAGCUUUAUUUGACUCUGUAAGUAAGUGCUAUACUAUUAUUACACUUGCUGUAUAAAAACCAGAAAUGGGAAAUUGCCUGAAAGCAAUUUUUGCAGUCUGCCUCUCACUUUACUCUACAGGAUCAUCCUGCAUCCAGAACAUCUGCACUGCUUGUCAAUGUCGUAAAUGUUGUUAAUAUAUUAAAAAUGUGGUAUUAAUUAUGCAAGCUCUCCUCGAUUGGAGUAGCAUGGUGUUUAAAAAAACAUAAGAUCCAUUAGAAACCACUUUAGCUUUUUCAUGAGGCUUCUUAAUAUCCCACAUGUAAUGAAAUAUAGAUAGUAAUGGGUUUCUGUGCAAUAAUGAGGGCAGAAAAUGGAGGUGGGGGAAGAGUGAAAAGACUUGGUACAGCUUUUGUUGCAAAGUACCUGGGAAAUUUUUCACAUACACUAAAAUGUGUGGCUAGUUUGGUGCCUGCAUAUAAGCAAACAUAGGCUUCUGGUCCGCUUCACUGUAUUCUUAGCAUGAGGAUGAAUGGAAUUAAAAUAGACUCAGCCUCUCUGUUUACAGAAUCUGUAUAUUAAAUCGGCUACCAAGUAGCAAGACUGUGGGGGAAGUUCUUAAAUUGCUUGAACAGUAUUUGCAGGUCCCACGUGGUUUCGUAUCCAGUCAAAUUUGAAGUGUGGUGACUUGUGACAAGGAUGCUUCACAUGAUUAUUCCCUGUGCCAAUGCAGCUUCCACUUGAGCUAGUGACGUUUAUGUGUGAAGACAUCGGGGGAGUUCAGACAAGCCCCUUCAUGUGCUGAAAAUGCACUAAAACUAGGGACAAAUUCCAUACAUAGCAAAAACUAGAAUUGCUUCAUUGAAGUCAACAGUGGGAGAAAGUGUCUUUCCAUAACCUGUCACCCUUUCUAUCCCAUAUUGUGGCUAGUCCAAACAAAUACUUUCCACCUUGAUUGACAGUCUAUUUUUGAAAACUUAAGUGUGCUUUUCUGUCUCCUCAAAUGAUUAUUUAAAAGUAAAUUCCACAGGCAUCUAGGAAAGAGAAAAUGCUACUUGUGCUAUUUAUAUAUUUAUCUUCAUUCUUAAUGUAUUUUUGUCCUCACUGCUAUCCUAAAUAUCAUAUUUACAUAUACCAUACUAAAAUAUUUAGAUGAUUUCUUAAUAUUUUAAUGCAUGCUGGUGAUAUAUAUCUAUAUAUUUAUUCUCCUCCAUUUAGAACAAAAGCCUGAAAAAUAAACUCCUUUCUGGAAGCAAGCUUUGUGGCAUUCAUGCUGAAGAGGUGAGUAGGAUUUGUUUUGUUCUGACCCCAGCAAGCCCAAUAGAGGAAAUGAUUUAUUGGUGAAGCCUGUUGCAAAUCAGGGGCGGAUUUGGGGAUGUGCAAGGGUGAGCACUCACUGGGUGCUGAGCCUAGGGGGUGUCAUCUCAAAGCCCAGUAAGCGAGGUGCUGGGCUUUGGAAAGGAGGUAAGAGGGUCUGACAGGGUCCUAGAGUCCACCCUCCUCCUUCCCAAAACCUAGUUAGUGCUUUCCCAGAUUUGAAAAAAAGCUGGGAGGGCUGUGGGACCCUGCUGAACUCUCAUGCCUCCUUCUCAAAGCCAGGUGACUCCUUACCCACCUUUGGGAGGGCAGCCCAAGGGCUAGUGGGUAGAGGCACUUUUUGGCCUUGGACAGGGAACAAUAAUACCCAAGUCUGCCACUGCACAAAUUUAUUUCAGGAGUAAAAAAAUAUUCUGUGCAAGUGUCAAGAUAAUCCUGUGCACAAAAGUGUCUGGUUACCUACAGUAGAUUCUUACAUGUUCAUUCAUAAAGCAAAUAUGUGCCCAAGAAUAAGAGUCUUGAAGUCAUUUGUGCAGUCAAUCAUAAAAAUUCUGCUAUUUCAUCUGCUUUAAGGGGGAAAUGGAUAGAAAAUAUUGUGAAUAAAUCAGUAUAAUAAAACUCCUAAGCAAUGUUUCAAAUCUAAUAAAAAGCCCAACCACUGUUUCAAAAACCUUGCAAUGUUAAUGAUGCUUCAUAUUUUCACACACAUGGGUCAUAGAAAAGCCAUAUGAUAUGUAUUUGCUGGGAAUAGGAUGCGUACACUGGAAUUUUCAGUUUGUUUCACAUUCAGAAGCUCUUGUGUGAAACAUGUGCAAAAUAUUUCUACGAACAGAGAGUGGUAGUCAAUGCUAGUCCUAUCGAGAGGAGACCCAUUCAAGUUAAUAAACAUAAAUAACUUAGGUAGGACUUAGCUGAAUAUCAUUCAUCAAUAUUGUGAUAGCAUCCCUGUCCCCCACCCAGCAGAUGAAAUUUCAGCAAAGACCUCAGCUAACAUGUCACAGAAGUACAGUGGUACCUUGGUUCUCAAACGCCUUGGUACUCAAACAACUUGGAACCCGCAACUGCAAACCUGGAAGUAAGUGUUCCAGUUUGUGAACUUUUUUGGAAGCCGAACAUGCUCCAUUUUGAGUGCUAUGCUUCUGUUUUGAGUGUUUUGCUGAGGUCUGUCAGUUUUUGCUAUUUAUUUUGAGGGGGGUUUUGGUGACUCUUUUUUGUUUUGUUUUUGUGACUGUGUGGAACCCAGUUCAGCUACUGAUUGAUUGAUUGUGUGACUGCAGUACAUUUAUAGCUUUCAAUUUAUGGAUCAAUGGUCUCAUUAGAUAGUAAAAUUCCUGCUAAAUUGCUGUCUUAGGGGUUGUUUUUAAAAGUCUGGAACAGAUUAAUCCAUUUUGCAUUACUUUCUAUGGCAAAGCGAGCCUUGAUUUUGGAACACUUUGGUUUUGGAACGGACUUCUGGAACGGAUUAAGUUUGAGAACCAAGGUACCACUGUAACUGGAUAUGCAGCUGCAGGCCAUGGGUUGAAAAUCUGAGAAAGGACACAUUGUCAUUUUAAAACAGCAGCUACCCUGAGUCAUUGUUAAAGGGCACCUCAGUUCUUUUGAACCACCUGAGCACCAGAAAUAGAGUUUUAGGAGCAUCUGAGGAAUUUGGUGGGGUGAACAGCUAGAAUGAAGAAAAACUUCAAUGCAAAAGUGGUUGUGCAUCUGAGUCAGCACCUGUGAUCUGGGCUCAUAGUUUAGGCUUUUCAGAGUGUCACAAAGCAGCAGUUCAUGCAAGGAGGAAGUGGCAGUGGUGCCCACAAGUGGCAGCAGUACUCCUGGGCAUUAGGAUGGUGACAAGGCAUGGUGUUGGCAAGGUUGAGGAGCUCCAAGUUGGUGCCUCGCAGGUCCAUACCAUAGAUUGAGCCAUUUCAAGUACAGAUGUGUGACUUUCCUCAUGUUCACAUCCGACUGGCUUAGAAUAUAGACUGAUGGGGGGGGACCUCAAAAUGGCCCAGCUUAUUUUCUGAGAAGUUGUCCUCCCGCCUAUGAAUUCACAACCCCUGUCUUCUGACUUAAGAUACAGAUAUCCCACCUAAUAUUUCUACUGGACUGGGGCUGAUCCGUGUCUAAGCACCACAAUCUGCUGCCAGCAUGUUUAGCUUGAUUCUCAUUCCAGAUGUUUCUGAGAUCAGCAGCGAUACGAUGUUAAAGCAUGAUUAAAAAAAGCAUUGUGCUGAAAACGGUUGAUUUCAGGAGAAUCAAAAUGUGCAGAAGGUUGUUUGAAAUCUGUCACCCCCUCUAUUGUGCAAACAGAUAAUUUUAUGCUUUUCACAGGGUGAGAAGUAGAACAUUUCUUUAAAAUCUUAAUUUCUGCUUUCCCAGCAUAAUAACAUGUUUGGCUAUGGUAAGGUGUGAAUCUCUUUGCAAUCACAAUGCAGAGACAAAAGGGGCAGACCCUUUCUACCAUUAUUCUACAGUAUUUGUGCCACAUUUUAACACAAAUAGGAUUGUGCUUGUUUUGUGGUAGCUACAGUACAUUUCUGGUGAGCCAUCCCUCAUUCUGUUGUCAUAGCAGGAUCUUGCAAAGCUAUCACACUUGCUAUCAUACUUGAAAGAAGAACAACUGUUGGCAGAAUAAUAGCUUUGGCACCUACGCUGUUCCUCAGGAGUAGAAUUCUUGAUGAACCCAAACAGUGCCAUGUGUUUUGUACCCUGUCAGGUACAACACAAUGGGUUGGGAGCUUGGUGGCUGUCUCGCUAAUAAAUGGAUGAAUUGAUUGAUUAAGCAAUUUAAUUUUUUUUAGCAUAUCUUAGUACAGCUGAUUAGGGGGAAUAGUUAAUGAACACUUUUCUUUCUUCAAGGUUCUAAAAAGACAAUGCUGUACUGAGAAAUUAAUAUCAAAACACAAUGCUUUAAAAAAAGGAAGAGAAGGUUCAGGGAGUGUUAACAGCAAUGCAAUCAACAAACGUGAUUGUCAUUUCACAGAGGACAACUGUAAUUAAAUCCAAAUUAUUAAAUUUGUGAUCACUCUCCUGUUCAUGUGGCACACUUAUUAGAUAAAUUACAUUUGCAGAAAUCAUUGGUGAAGGCAAUUCAGCCUAGUUUACAUGAUCAGGUUUGCACUAGUUUUAAGCAGACCGUUAUCCAUGUUUGACUCUAAAGAAUCCAGAUUAUGCCCCUAGUCAAAACCCAUUAUGAAUGUAAAAUGGAAUAAGUCCAUGUCUUUUCUGAUUCACCUGAUCUUCCUUGCUUCUUUUAACUGCAGGUUAUUCAAGUCUGUUCAUUCCUUUUGUACUCUUGCACCUUUCAUUUUUGCCUUUAAGUAUAAUAGAAUGAACACCACAAACUGUUAAUAUAUAUUUUAAUGCACUAGAUUGUUGGUAAGUAUAUAGCUGAUCUGUCCAUGAAUGAUGACAUACCAAGGGACCAGAAAUAACCCUUUGGUAUAGGAGGAGCUAUCUGUUUCACCCCAAUACACUACUAGGGAGGAAAGAAAGACACAGAAGCAGGUGACAAAAAAUAAGAGCGAAAAGGAGGUAACCCUGCCUAUUUUUGGCUGUGUUCCUUCUCACUGCCUGUGUGCAGCCCCUAACAGAUUACUCUUGGGGAAAUGCAGUCCUUGACAGACACAAGGCCCACCUAGGCAACUGGAAAAUGUACUCUCUUAUCUUCCCAUAUUGCACUGAGAACCACACACAAAAGCCAGAAGAUAAGAGGUGUCCCUGCCUCCCCAUGAACAGUGAGAAAACUUCAUUCAUGUUCAUAGGUCCUCAUUCAAAAGCGGGGUGGGGGGUGGAGGGAGUUAAAUGCAGGAAGGCAAUUUCGCAGCCAACAGAAAGGGCUGCUUUUUCAAUGCAGCCCUAAAUAAAACUAUUGUAAAUGAGGAUAUAUAGAUAUGGAUAUCCUUUUCCAGAGGGUUCACCAUGAUUCCCUGAAUACAUCUUUAGCCAAUUAUUUGAAUAAUUUUUCAAUAUACAAAAUGUGGCAAGAAGGAAUGCUCACCUCUUUGUCAUCAUAUUAAUCACCAUUUUCUUUUUUAAUCUAAAUUGUGAAUCAUUUUAGUUGUGUGGAUGCAGCCAACAUCAGUGGUUUUCUUCUGUAACUCCAUAACAUUUCAUUUGGGAACAUAAUAUUUUGAUCUGCACUGUUACUUUACAACUGUUCCUUUUCUGUUUGUUUUGCAUGAUGUUUAUGCACAUUUUAAUAUUUGCUACACAACUGUGAAUAAUGUAACACGAGAGUUUACAUUUAAAUGGUAAACAGGGAAUAUUACUUCCCGGUGCCUCAUAUUAAAUCUGCGCCCCUGAGUAUUUUUUGCCUAUAGAUCUUUGUGAGUUGACAAGCUUCUAGAAUUGUUCACUGAGCACCUUUCUAAGAGAAAUACAUUUUAUAAAGGAAGGUUUGUUAAUAAUAAACCUGCCUUGCUGUGGGUUUACCGAAUAUAACAGAACCUGUAAUGCAUUCUACACUUAAAAACAGCAACCAUAGCUCAGUGAUAGAAGACAUCUUGUGCAUGUAAAACGUUCAAGGUUAAAUCCCAAAGAUCUCCAAGUAGGGCUGUGAAAGACUCACUGCCAGUCAUUGUAGACAAUUCUAAGCUUGAUGGACCAAGGAAUUGGAUUGGUAUAAGAAGGCUUCCUAUCCCCAAAGCAGGCCAUGGGAUGGCACAGUGGCACUCACCUUAACCUCCGGAUGCCUAUGUCACUGCUGCCUACCAGGAUGGGAAAGGGUGAGGUGGCAAUGAGGUCCGUGCAGGACAGAUACACUAGCAGGAUUGCCAGGUUGGCUCUGCCAGUGUAUUGGCACUGUGCUGAUCUUGGCACUCUGGCCCAUCCCAGGCAUGGUAUGGCUAGUAAGACGCCUGUCUGAAGCCCUGUAGAUUUGCUUCUAAUCAGUGUAGUGUACUGAGCUAGACAGGUAGGUCUGUGACUUUGCCAAGUGAAAGGCAGUUUCCUAUGCUCCUAUGAGAUAACAUAAACAUAUGGAAUCUUACUGAUUCCAAAGAUAGGUCCCUGAUUCGGAGCAGCUUGCAUAACUCUGGUGUUGUCACAUUAUAUUGAACUUAGUCAAUGAGCUAAAAUAUUCAGCAUGUUAAUUUGCAAAAUAGUUUGGAAACAGCCCUGUUUGUAGGCCUGCAUCUGAUCAUGGUUGACAGUAUUAGGCAAUAGACCCUAAAUUCUUCAUUCCCUAGCUACUCCAGCUGAAAGGAUCAGGAAGCAGGAAAUGAGCAAAACCUUUGGACUCUGGAGAACCGCUUCCAUUCAGAGCAGAUAACACCGAUACACAGACUUUCUGACUUGGUAUAAGGCAGUUUCUAAUGUUUCACUCAGUAUUAAUGAGCUAUCAAUAUACUGAAUAUUAUUAAACUGAAAAAUUAAUAGGAACUUGAGUCUGAUUAUGACAAAGGAGAUAAUUCAGCAUCGGUUUCGCAAUUGGAAUGAAUGAUAAUACCUUUAAAAUUUGUAAGUUAAUUAUCUAAAAUAAAUAGCUAUGGGGUGGGGUUGCAGGAGUUCUGCUCUUGCUUCUGGGGUUUUUUUAUUUUUUUUAAAAAAGAUCAUGUUCAAGCAAGACUGGCCAGUGUGACAUUAAAGACAGCAGUGUAGCAUGGAUGAGAUCAAAGUUGCCCUCACUAACCAAUGUCGCUCUCAGCUUAAUAGGGUUUUUAAGCCAAGAGAAAAUGGUCUGCAGCCAUGUAGCUGUCAAUGAACAUUUUCUUUUUGAGGUUGAUUUUGCUCCCUCUAGACCAUGAAGUCAGUGUUCUAAAUAUUGUUCCAAAGGCAAAAAAGAAAAAAGAAAAAAAAGCUUUCAGAUUUAUCUUGUAGUGAAGUGUCUCAUACCUGCGAUUCCAAUCUGCCAUCAUGCCACUAGGCAGCCUGUGAAAUAGAACUGGUUGAAUAACAUUUCUGCAAGAGACAAAGCGAAGUUCAGCAUGUAGGGAGGAAGUUCAUUUCAUGUUUCUGAUCUGCAGAGUUUAAUUAUGAAAAAUGAUCCUGUCUCAUGAGUGCCUGCAGUUCAGUGUUAGAUGACAUGCUUUCCAUGCAUACGAUUAAGGUUCAAAUUCAAACCCUGGCUUCUCCAGCUUAAAAGAUCACAUGCAGCAGGGCUAGGAAAUACCUCCUUGAGACUUUGCAGUGCAACUUCUAGUUAGAUUAGAAACUAAUGGGGCAGAUAAUCUUGUAGUCUGGUUUAGGAUGCCAUCCCAUACAAAUCUACGAAGGUAGAAGUCUCUGCGAACUCCAUAUGCCUUACAUCCAAGUAGAUAUGCAUAGAAUUGAGCUACCACUUGGUUACAAUGUCCUUGGUUACAAGCUCCUUGGUUACAAGGUCCUUUCUCUAAUGCUCCUCUUGGCAUUAAGUCACUGUGUGUGCAUCUUUAUAGGGUUUACACUCAUCAAUGCUUCAAAGCACUCCUCCCCCCCCAGCCCACUAAAGCACUUUAACAGAAUUGGCAAAUUCAGGAAAAAGCAAUUUAAAGAGUAUGGGGGGCGUGGCAUGACCAGAACCAGUACCUUUCCCCCAGGAACCUUUCAGCAACUUCUCAGGACCUCAGAGUGUGCCUAGUCCAGUGGUGGCCAAACUUGGCUCUCCAGCUGUUUUGGGACUACAAUUCCUAUCAUCCCUGACCACUGGUCCUGUUAGCUAGGGAUGAUGGGAGCUGUAGUCCAAAAACAGCUGGCGGGCCAAGUUUGGCCACCACUGCCCUAGUCAGAGCAGCUCCAGCUGUUCCCAAAGUGGUUUGCAGACUUACUUUGUGUCUCUGUGAUGGUGUGGUAAACACGACUAAAUCCCCAUGGAAGCAAGCUGCUUCGUGUUACAUAUCUUCAUGUGGUUGCAAACAAGAAUAUCCUGAGUGGUUUAUUUGCAGAUACAAAGUGAUGAAAAACAAUUUCCAACAGAUUUUUUUCUCACUACAAAUUGUGAAAAGUCUGGAUAGCUCCAAGCCCUAACUGAUUAUACCAAUUUAUAGAGAUCAUUAUAGAGAUAGAAUGGAAAUAAUCCUAAACAAAGUAGCAUGGGGGGGUUGUGGGGAGGAGGUGCAGAUCCAUAUUUUGUGAGUUAAACGGAAUCAUGAAAAGUGGCUCCACUCAAUUUUGGGUAAUGUGCCCUCCCUUUGACAUUCUGUUGCACCCUAACUCAUGUUGUUCAGAUGGGUUCUAUGAUCACCCAUUUUUGAGGGCCAAAGAGAGCUUAAGGGUGAAAGAGGGAAAGGCAAAGUCUCCUUGACCUGACUUAGCUUACUUUGCACUCAUGUUCCAGGCCAACAUGUGUAUUAAGAGCAAUCUCAUUCUUGAUGUGUCAGUUGUUCUUGCCAUGUUCUUUAUAAAGUGAUAAAUUUGGCCCUUUGUUUUAUGUGCAUAAUGUAUGCAAGACCAGCAUAGCUGUAGCAAACACAGCUUGUUUCAUCAACAGUUGUAAUUUUACCAAACCUCCCCCCACCCCGGAUAUACUGUCCUAUUACCUGAACUUUAAUAUAUUUUCCUCUGCAGGUUUUAAAAUAUAAAUUACUUAAAGGAUUAAUGUAUUAUCCUCUGCUUGCAGUCAAAAAAGAUUCAAGCCCAACUGAAGGAGCUUCGCUAUGGGAAAAAGGAUUUGAUUUUUAAGGUGAGUUUGUCACUUGAGCUGGCAAAGGUAUUUGCUUACAGGCAGUGUAACAUUAAGGGAAUAUGGUCCAAUGGUUUUAUUAUUCUAACCUGUGCUGGGGGGCAGAAAUGACUACCUAUCACCAUACAUAUUCAAAGGGAUUUGGAAAACUAAAGGGCAAAUUUGAUUUCUGUGAUACAUUGUCAAAAAUGUCAAUGAUUUCAGCAGUUUUUCACUAUGAAAAUGUUCUUAAAGGGUGAAGUCUGUUAAUUCUAAAUCUUCAAACUAUCUAGCACUGUGUACUAACACUUACUUCACUGAUAUUCAUAUUGAGACUUCCUACACAUCUAGCAAAGUUGUGAUAUGGUUUCAAUUAUUCUCAUUUAUCACUUUCCCACUAUUACAUAUUAUAUAGCCAUGGAAGUGAAGUCACAGUUAAGGUGUUUCCAGUAGUCUAGCCUUUCUAAGCAUAGAAGUGAUAGUUUGUAUAUAAUCCAUACAGCUUCUUGAAACUGACAUCAGUGUUAGGUUAAUCUGUGAUAGCUUGAUGUCAUGUGCAAAUAGUUUUACUUGGAAACGUGCCUUGUAAGCAUUUGGGAAACAUCUGAUGGCAGCCCUGUAUAGGGAAUCUUUUUAAGGUUUAAGGUUUUAUUAUGUUUUUAUAUAUGCUGGAAGCCGCCCAGAGUGGCUGGGCCAACCCAGUCAGAUGGGCAGGGUAUAAUUAAUCAUCAUCAUCUUCUUCUUCUUCUUCAUCAUCAUCAUCAUCAUCAUCAGAACUUCACACUUCAGUUUAGAUGUGUGUUCAGGAGUUUGUCUGAACAUGGCUUGAAGCAGAAAAUUAUUCGCUAAGAUUGCCCGUGUCAAUUCAUUAGUUUCUGUUUAAGAACUAAUUAACUGGGGUUUAAAAAGUCCUUCUUUCCCCCAAGCAAAAACUAUUCUGGGAAGCAGAUUAAAGUGCUGUUCUUCUGGCAGAACACACAUGGCUAUAUUUAUACAAGUGGUAUAUAAAUGUUGGGAAAUGAAUAAAUUGAGUGAAAUUUUGGACAUUUUACUACGCCAAAUUACAUUGGAGUUGACCUCUGAGUAGAAAAAUAUCCUGUCUGAUUAUCUAUGUCUACUUCCUAGUUUUUCUUGAAAAGGGUUAAAAAGGUGAAAGUAUUGUUAUAUGUUUGUGGGGGUCAGUAUGGAUGCUAUCCAUAGAUCCCUUACAUAUCUGUGAUCCUGUAUCUGUGAGGUUUGGAAACUAGUAGAAGAAGAAGCUGAACCAGUCAGUCAAGUUCUAAGAUAAUGCCCCUAGCUGGCCAGUUAAGUACUGCCAUUUACAUGGCCAAAGCAGUUGCCCUCUUGCCAUAGAGACAAAUGGGUGAGCCUUUUCCCACCUCACCUGACUAGAUGCUGCAUCAUCCUGGGAUGGAGAACAAUAGGCCAAUGUGGUCUUUGUGUUUUGGCUGAUACAGUGGUACCGCCAAAGUCAAACGGAAUCUGUCCUGGAAGUCCAUUCGACUUCCAAAAUGUUUGGAAACCAAAAUGUGGCUUCUGAUUGGCUGCAGGAAGCUCCUGCAGCCAGUCGGAAGCUGCAGAAGCCCUGUUGGACGUUUGGGUUCCAAAGAAUGUUCACAAACUGGAACACUCAUUUCUGGGUUUGCAGCAUACAGGAGCCAAAACAUUCAAGUACCAAGGCGUUCGGGAUCCAAGGUACGACUGUACUGAAAGCUAGGUUGUCAUUCUAUAUACUGAAUCCAAAGUUAUGCCUUUUGGGACGAGAUCUAGGAACCUGAUGGGUAGGCAAGAUCUGUUAGAGUUUAAUGCAGCGAACCCUCUCACCAUAUAUCCAUAUAACCAUAGGUACAUUGACCUUCAUUCCAAGGAAACCAACACUAGGUAAGCUCUGGAACUCCUGGAAUCAGUAGAAUAGCUGGCCGCAGCGGCUCCCGAAGCGGCGAACAUGCCGUGCACCCAGGGGCAGGCCAGGCCGCCCACAAGGGUGAUUGUUAUGGUGAUCCCCGCCCAGGAGGUGGCACCUGGGGCGGAUCACACCCUCCACACACACCCUUCCUAUGCCCCUGCCUGUAAUCUCUCAUUGCUUGGAGGUUGGCGUGCACACAACAGUAUUAUAGCAAUCCUGGAUACGCUUAAGUACAACCCACCAUGUUCACUGGAGUUCAGUCCCAUUUGGGUUGAGGAGCACAAAGAGAUUCUUUUUACUAAAGCUUGAUCCUCAACAAGUACUUUUUGCUUGGCUGUACAAUCCAAAGUCAGGACCAUUUUUAUUUUUAUUUUGUGAACCACCCUGAUACCUCUGGAUAUAGGGCUGUAUAUAUAUCCAAGAAAUAAAAUAAAAUAAAAUAAAAAUAAAAAUGAGCCCUGUGAUCCUGCAAGUAGGGGCAAGUUUUUCAUUUUGCUAUUCAUACCUCCUCAGGAGGAAGCUCCACUGAGUUCAAUGGGGCAAAAAAGACAUUUCCAGUGUUCCAGAGCUGGUGUAAUUUGUUCCCUGUUGGAGGGGCAUGUCCUUUGUGACUUACGUAAAUGUGCUGGAUUGCACCCAUGCCCAAUAAGUAGAGCAAAUUUUCUAUAUUAUUUAGUGCUCUAUUCAGUACACUGUCAAUGAAAAGCACCCUAUAAACUAUCCUUCUAUUGCUAAUCAUUUUUUCUGAUGAAGAAAGCUCUCAGAGCUUUUAUGUGCCAUGAGAACCUAUUCUAGACAUGUGCUCUAUGUUGAAAAUUCUAUACGGGUGAACAUAAAUUCCUUCUAUCAUCUCAUCAGCUUUUUAUAACUUGAUUUUUUUUCACCUGAAAUUAUUAAAUCACCAAAAAAACAACACAAAUGCAAACUGAGAAAUAGCUGCAGAUUUAGUGAAACAAAGCAACCCUGUAUUUUUUACCAUGUUCAUUAGGAAUACAGUCUCACUGAUUCCAAUAGAAAUCAUUUUAAAUAAGUGUGCCAAAUUAUAGAAGUGUGAGUCAUAACAGACAGCAGCAGAAUCAGCUUAGUACUGUAGUUCUUAACUGAGAAUUAGUCUCAUUGAACACCAUGGGAUUUAUUCCUGAGGACAUAUGCAUGGUAUUGGGCUUUAAGAAUGCAUGAUCACAGUCUAGCUGUGGAGUCUCAGGCAUACUUUGAAGGGUAACUCAAUUUGAACUUAGUAGGACUUAUGUUUGAAUAAACAUAUUUAUAAUCAGGCAGUGAGUAGCAUUGGGAGGGGGGACAUAUUGCAAGUGAUCAAGGAAGUGGAAGAAGCCAUGUGCUGCAGUGAGCAGAUUGUUGGAGUCCAGGUUUUAAUGCCACUCAAUAAGCAUAGAGGAUGAUCUUUGACCACUUACAAUCUCUCAGCCUAAGCCGGCUCAAAGCGUAAUUGUGAGGAUGAACUAGGAUGAUCUCACAGGUUCUGAAACCUUUCUUAUAAGGCUUUUUGUUACUGAUUUUUCUGGGUUUCUUUUAGCAAUUUUACUGCUUUGUGUUGGUUCUUGGAUCUUGUAUUCUCAGGUGUUUUUAAUUGUUUGGCUUUGCAUGAUUUAAAUUGCUGUCCAGUUAUUGUUUUGUUAUUUUCCAAUUUUUGCUGAAUGCCCUAUACAGUGUUUUUAAAGGCAGCACGGAAAUAAUUUUGAUAAAUAAAUAAGAAAUCAUAAGAAAUCACUGUAAGUUCAUUGGGAUAUACCUAUCUUAAAAUUAUUGAGAAGGGAUGAACUAAAGGAGUGGCAAGAAGCUUUAGGUCCAUGUGUGUGUAACUUUCAAUGCCUAUCCUCAUUGAGCAUGUUUUCUUGGACUCUGCAUUAUAUUGCAUCAUUGACUCAGGUGAGAUCUGUAUCUUUCACAGCCUAAAGCAGGAGCGAGGAGUCUCCCCACACCACGCCCUCUUCCCAGCCACACCUCAUCUCUGAACCAGCCCUGCCUUGGACCACUCUUUAAUGUUUUGCAUGGUUGGAAUGGGUCUUUGAACUUUGACAUUGCCUCUUGCUGGCCUUGAUGGAAUGUUGCUGAGAAGGGAAUGCCACUCUUGGGCAAGAAACUUUGAAACUUUCCCUACUCUCUGGCCUAAAACAAGAAGUGGUCUAUAAGAUGUUUCUCCUCCUCAAGAAUAAGCAAGUGGUAGUGGUGAGGAACUCACCUCAACCCUAAACCUUUGCGCUUUUGACUCCCCUUCCACUCCAUUCCAGCUUUCAGUCCCUAUUCUAAUUAGUGCAAGGUCUGAAAAGCAUGGACUGAAAGCACAGAUCACUCACAGUUGAAUACCCAGAGCUAAGGUUGAGGGACGUCACCCUCUGAAUGUGAGUAUUAGAAGAGGCAACUACUGCUUCACUGAGCAUCUCCAUUUCUAAAAUAAAAAGAUCAAGCUUCACCACUGCUGCUAGUGCUGACUCCAUAUGGUUGACCGCUCUCAUGUUUAUUCAUACAAAACCAAGUGAAAUCAAUGAAGCAGCACAGUUGCAACUGCAAGCAUUAUGUCAUCAAGUACAUUUAUUAUGGGAAGGCUUCACUGCUUAUUUUCCUAUUCUUAUGCCAUUGUUUAAUUUUAUUGCCCCUCAGACUCUUGGACUUUUUAUUUAGAUUUAAAUUCUUAGGCUACUCUUUGGCCACAUCAGUAUACAAAGCUGUUGAUUUAUAAAUCACAUUUGCUGGGAGGAAGUUAAAUUAUUUCACCCAUUCAAUUCAGGAUAGUUUCAUUGGCCUUUAGAGGGCCAAGAGAAAAUAAAGGGCUCAGGAAUGCUGACUUUUCCAACUGAGGUGUGUUCAGUACUUUUCUAGAAAAAUAGGUGCCGGUAAUCACCAUGAAGUUGUUACAGUAAAUGCCAUACUUUUUAACAACAACCGAAAAGAGGUGUCAGUACUGCAUACCCUUGAGUACUCCCUGGAGAAGAAGAAAGCACUG